AUGAAGCUGUGUAAAAAGAGAGUUCCAAGUCUGGGACUGGGAUUUGCUCCGCUCGGCUUGAUACUUUGGAAUAAAGUUAAAUUAAUAAAAUUCGGAACUCACAAGCUCCACUCUGGGUGCAAUAAUAGUGUUUAACAUGUUUUUUCAAUGACUACCUCAUCUCUGCACCCCACACAUACAAUUAUAUGUAAAGUAUCUCAGUCGAGCAGUGAAUUUCAAACACAGAUUCAACCACAAAGACCAGUGAGGUUUUCCAAUGCCUCGCAAAGAAGGGCACCUAUUGGUAGAUGGGUAAAAAAAAAAAGCAGACAUUGAAUAUCCCUUUGAGUAUGGUGAAGUUAUUAAUUACACUUUGGAUGGUGUAUCAAUAAACCCAGUCACUACAAAGAUACAGGCGUCCUUCCUUAUUCAGUUACAGGAGAGGAAGCAAACCGCUCAGGGAUUUCACCAUGAGGCCAAUAGUGACUUUAAAACAGUUACAGAGUUUACUGGCUGUGAUAGGAGAAAACGGAGGAUGGAUCAACAACAUUGUAGUUACGCCACAAUACUAACCUAAAGGACAGAGUGAAAAGAAGGAAGCCUGUACAGAAUAAAAAUAUUCCUAAACAUGCAUCCUGUUUGCAACAAGGCACUAAAGUAAAACUGCAAAAAAUGUGGCAAAGAAAUUAACUUUAUGUCCUAAAUACAAAGUAUUAUGUUUGGGGCAAAUCCAAUACAACACAUUAUUGACUACCACUCUUCAUAUUUAAAAACAUGGUGGUGGCUGCAUCAUGUUAUGGGUAUGUUUGUAAUCGUUAAGGACUGGGGAGUUUUUCAGGAUAAAAAAGAAACGUAAUGGAGCUCAGCACAGGCAAAAUCCUAGAGGAAAACCUGGUUCAGUCUGCUCUCCAACAGACACUGGGAGACAAAUUCACCUUUUCAGCAGGACAAUAACCUAAAACACAAGGCCAAAUCUACACUGGAGUUCUUUACCAAGAAGAGAGUGAAUGGCCGAGUUACAGUUUUGACUUAAAUCUACUUGAAAAUCUGUGGCAAGAUCAGAAAAUUGUUGUCUAGCAAUGAUCAAUAACCGAUUUGACAAAGCUUGAAGAAUUUUGAUAAAAUAAUGGGCAAAUGUUGCACAAUCCAGGUGUGGAAAGCUCUUACCCAGAAAGACUCACAGCUGUAAUCGGUAACAAAAGUGUUUCUACAAAGUAUUGACUCAGGGGUGUCAAUACUUAUCUAAAUGACAUAUUUCUGUAUUUCAUUUUCAAUAAAUUUGCAAACAUGUCUUAACAUGUUUUCACUUUGUCAUUAAGUCUCCCGAGUGGCGCAGUGGUCUAAGGCACUGCAGCGCAGUGCUAGCUGUGCCACCAGAGAUCCUGGUUCGAAUCCAGGCUCUGUCGUAGCCGGCGCGACCGGGAGACCCAUGGGGCGGCGCGCAAUUGGCCCAGCGUCGCCAGGGUAGGGGAGGGAAUGUCCGGUAGGGAUGUAGCUCAGUUGAUAGAGCAUGGUGUUUGUAACGCCAGGGUUGUGGGUUCGAUUCCCAUGGGGGUAGGAAAAAAAUAAAUAAAAAAUGUAUGCAUUCACUAACUGUAAGUCGCUCUGGAUAAGAGCGUCUGCUAAAUGACAAAAAUGUAAAUGUAAAUGUAAUGUAAAUGUGUAUUGUGUGUAGACGGGUGAGGGAAAAAAUCUACUUAAUCCAUUUAGAUCGGAUGAAGGGUGGAUGAUUACAGGAUCAUAUCCCUCUGUUAGUCUGGCAGAUCUAGAGGCUGGGGUCAGCCAUCAGACUGCUUUUUAAGGUCAAAUUAAAUAUGACUGAUUUUGUAGUGGUUGCAUAGUGUUCCAAGCUACAGGUAACUGCCAAAAUAAAGUACAGUGGGGAAAAAAAGUAUUUAGUCAGCCACCAAUUGUGCAAGUUCUCCCACUUAAAAAGAUGAGAGAGGCCUGUAAUUUUCAUUAUAGGUACACGUCAACUAUAACAGACAAAUUGAGGAAAAAAAAUCCAGAAAAUCACAUUGUAGGAUUUUUAAUGAAUGUAUUUGCAAAUUAUGGUGGAAAAUAAGUAUAUGGUCACCUACAAACAAGCAAGAUUUCUGGCUCUCACAGACCUGUAACUUCUUCUUUAAGAGGCUCCUCUGUCCUCCACUUGUUACCUGUAUUAAUGGCACCUGUUUGAACUUGUUAUCAGUAUAAAAGACACCUGUCCACAACCUCAAACAGUCACACUCCAAACUCCACUAUGGCCAAGACCAAAGAGCUGUCAAAGGACACCAGAAACAAAAUUGUAGACAUGCUUCAGGCUGGGAAGACUGAAUCUGCAAUAGGUAAGCAGCUUGGUUUGAAGAAAUCAACUGUGGGAGCAAUUAUUAGGAAAUGGAAGACAUACAAGACCACUGAUAAUCUCCCUCGAUCUCUGAAGACCAAAGUAACAAAGCCUACCAUCAGUAACACACUACGCCGCCAGGGACUCAAAUCCUGCAGUGCCAGACGUGUCCCCCUGCUUAAGCCAGUACAUGUCCAGGCCCGUCUGAAGUUUGCUAGUGUGCAUUUGGAUGAUCCAGAAGAGGAUUGGGAGAAUGUCAUAUGGUCAGAUGAAACCAAAAUAUAACUUUUUGGUAAAAACUCAACUCGUCGUGUUUGGAGGACAAAGAAUGCUGAGUUCCAUCCAAAGAACACCAUACCUACUGUGAAGCAUGGGGGUGGAAACAUCAUGCUUUGGGGCUGUUUUUCUGCAAAGGGACCAGGACGACUGAUCCGUGUAAAGGAAAGAAUGAAUGGGGCCAUGUAUCGUGAGAUUUUGAGUGAAAACCUCCUUCCAUCAGCAAGGGCAUUGAAGAUGAAACGUGGCUGGGUCUUUCAGCAUGACAAUGAUCCCAAACACACCGCCCGGGCAACGAAGGAGUGGCUUCGUAAGAAGCAUUUCAAGGUCCUGGAGUGGCCUAGCCAGUCUCCAGAUCUCAACCCCAUAGAAAAUCUUUGGAGGGAGUUGAAAGUCCAUGUUGCCCAGUGACAUCCCCAAAACAUCACUGCUCUAGAGGAGAUCUGCAUGGAGAAAUGGGCCAAAAUACCAGCAACAGUGUGUGAAAACCUUGUGAAGACUUACAGAAAACGUUUGACCUGUGUCAUUGCCAACAAAGGGUAUAUAACAACAAAGUAUUGAGAAACUUUUGCUAUUGACCAAAUAGUUAUUUUCCACCAUAAUUUGCAAAUACAUUCAUUAAAAAUCCUACUAUGUGAUUUUCUGGAAAAAAAAAUCUCAUUUUGUCUGUCAUUGUUGACGUGUACCUAUGAUGAAAAUUACAGGCCUCUCUCAUCUUUUUAAGUGGGAGAACUUGCACAAUUGGUGGCUGACUAAAUACUUUUUUUCCCCACUGUAGUUUUAGCUGUAUUGGUGUGGGGUAUAUUUUCCUGGCAUGGUUUAAGUCCACUCAACCCCUUAGAGGGCAAUAAAUACACAACACUUCUGAGUGAUCACCUUCAACCUAUGGUGAAACAUUUCUAUCCUGAUGGGAGUUGUCUAUUUUCCAGGAUGUCAAUGCCUCCAUCCACAGGGCACGAGUGUUCACUGAAUGGUUUUGAUGAGCAUGAAAACGAUGUAAACCAUAUUCCGUGGCCGUCUCAGUCCCCAGAUCUCAACACAAUUGAACACUUAUGCUAUUUUCUGUCCCGAGAUGCCACUCAUCAGUCAGUUGAAGCUAACUGCUAAUUUAGCUAGCUAAGCUGUUAGCCGUCAAGCUAACUAAGAUAGCUUUCUCCACCACUGUCUCUACAACAUGGAUUAACAUGGAGGCUUCCCCGUUCAGAGGGAGAGAUUAGUGUUUCCUGUAGGAGUUCUGCUUACUAUGCACUUUCCAGGACAAUGUGGACCGACCAAUCAGCACAAUCUGCUGGGGAAACCACGUCCACCUUCUCUUUCUCUAGACCACAGGCUGAACGUCGUUCUGAUAUGGUGAGAGAAUCACCACCCUGACUGGCACAGGGACCUUUCCCCCCUGGGAAAAUUAAAACAGGACCAACACUUCUAGAGGACUUAGCAGAUGCCUCAGUCUUCGAUCCUGCUAUCCGCCUAAUGGAAAACAGUGGUCCAUGGUCAAUGGAGCCUCUCUGGCUUUGGGGAGUCCGAUCCAGAUGUCAAGCAGCUUCCCCCCAACCCCCCCCCACCCCCCCCACCCCCUGGCUUCAGAGGGCUCCGCGCCAUCGAACCCUACCCUGAUUCUACCUCAGGCUCGAAUCCUCCGUGCUCCCCCUCUCUUGAGGGUGUCUGAGGCUCCACCCACAAUGGAUUAUACGGUUGAAUCAGCCCCCAGAGCACAUGACUCAGACUCGCAGUGACCCUCGCGUCCUCCAAAGGUGGUUUUUUGUAAGAAGCUCCAUAGUAUAGGGAUGUGGUGGUCGCGUAAGCAAGGACCCACUGCUUUCCUGUGGACAUACUGUAGAUCAUCAGGUCUGGAAUGGAAUAGCACUUGACUGCUCACACAGUAGUUGGUCAUGUUGGUACAAACAACAUCAAUCUUCACAAGUUGGAGCAAUUAAAAUCUGACUUCAAAGUGCUCAUAGGCAGGCUAAAGGAGACCGACAAGCAGGUUUUCAUUUUCGGAUGGCUUUAGUCCUCUCCUCUGGAUAUACUACUGGCUUAAGUCCUACUGUUCCUCUAUGGAUUUGGAGUUCAUAGAAAUGUUUUACCUCUUCUGGGAGAGGCCCACAUUUUACAAGAGCGAUGGCUUGCAUCCAAGUAGGAGAGGGGGGCGAAGGUUAUCUCGAACAAGAUCGAGGAGGCUUUUAAAAAUCAUUGACUCAGCCCAAACCCAGCUCAGGUAAUGAUUCAAAUUGCCCCUCCUCUUUCACAUGAUGUCCUCUGCACCAGUAGCAAGCCUCUGAUCUGAUGCGCGAGGGAAGUGACAUGCAUUAAACGCUAAUCUUUCUUGUGGCUUUCUUUUGCAAAAUAGCUAUGAAUUAACAGACUUAUUUUUGAAUAGUUGUCAACAUAUAUCAUCACAUUAAGGUGUAGGAGGUUCACUGUACAGUCGUGGUCAAAAGUUUUGAGAAUGUCACAUGUAUUGGUCUUCACAUAGUUCGCUGCUUCAGUGUUAUGAGAUAUUUUUGUCAGAUGUACAAGCAUUCCAUAAGUGUCAAAGGCUUUUAUUGACAAUUACAUUAAGUUUAUGCAAAUAGUCAAUAUUUGCAGUGUUGACCCUUCUUUUUCAAGACCUCUGCAAUCCGCCCUGGCAUGCUGUCAAUUAACUUCUGGGCCACAUCCUGACUGAUGGCAGCCCAUUCUUGCAUAACCAAUGCAUGGAGUUUGUCAGAAUUUGCCGGUUUUUGUUUGUCCACCCGCCUCUUGAGGAUCGACCACAAGUUCUCAAUGAUAUUAAGGUCUGGGGAGUUUCCUGGCCAUGUACCCAAAAUGUCGAUGUUUUGUUCCCCUAACAAGUGUAUAAAAUCGAGCACACAGCCAUGCAAUCUCCAUAGACAAACAUUUGCAGUAGAAUGGCCUUACUGAAAAGUUUAGAGACUUUCAACGUGACACCGUCAUAAGAUGCCACCUUUCCAACAAGUCAGUUCGUCAAAUUUCUGCCCUGCUAACGCUGCCCCGGUCAACUGUAAGUGCUGUUAUUGUGAAGUGGAAACAUCUAGGAGCAACAGCGGCUCAGAAGCGAAGUGUUAGGCCACACAAGCUCACAGAACGGGACCGCCGAGUGCUGAUGUGCGUAGCGUGUAAAGAUUGUCUGUCCUCGGUUGCAACGCUCACUACCAAGUUCCAAACUGCCUCUGGAAGCAAUGUCACCACAAUAACUGUUCGAUGGGUGCUCCAUGGCCGAGCAGCCACACACAAGCCUAAGAUCACCAUGCACAAUGCCAAGCGUCGGCUGGAGUGGUGUAAAGCUUGCCACCAUUGGACUCUGGAGCAGGGGAAACGCGUUCUCUGGAGUGAUGAAUUACGCUUCACCUUCUGGCAGUCCGACGGACAAAUCUGGGCUACCUGCCCGAACUGUGAAGUUUGGUGGAGGAGGAAUAAUGGUCUGGGGCUGUUUUUCAUGGUUCGGGCUAGGCCCCUAAGUUUCAGUGAAGGGAAAUCUUAACGCUAAAGCAUACAAUGACAUUCUAGAUGAUUUUGUGCUUCCAACUUUGUGGCAACAGUUUGGGGAAGGCCCUUUCCUAUUUCAGCAUGACAAUGCCCCCGUGCACAAAGCAAGGUCCAUACAGAAAUGGUUUGUUGAGAUCGAUGUGGAAGAACUUGACUGGCCUGCACAGACCCCUGACCUCAACCUCAUCGGACACCUUUGGCAUGAAUUGGAAUGCCGACCACGAACCAGGCCUAAUUGCCCAAAAUCACUGCCAGACCUCACCAAUGUUCUUGUGGCUGAAUAGAAGCAAGUCCCCGCAGCAAUGUUCCAACAUCUAGUGGAAAGCCUUCCCAGAAGAGUGGAGGCUGUUAUAGCAGCAAAGGGGGGGGCAACUCCAUAUUAAUGCCCAUGAUGUUGGAAUGAGAUGUUGGACGAGCAGGUGUCCACAUACUUUUGGUCAGGUAGAGUAUGUACCUUGGAUGGAGCCCCCAUUGAUCGUGUCCCCGCUUAUAAAUAUCUGGGCAUUUGGAUAGACAAAAAGCUAGCUUUUAAAAAGCAUAUUGAUGAGUUAGUUAUUUAGUUAAGAAUAAAAAUGGGCUUCUUCUAUAGAAAUAGAUCAUGCCUUUUGUUAAAUAGCAGAAAACAGAUUAUUCAGUUGACAUCAGUGGAGGCUGCUGAGGGGAGGACGGCUCAUAAUAAUGGCUGGAACGGAGCAAAUGGAAUGGCAUCAAACACAUGGAAACUAUGUGAAUGAUGUAUUUGAUAUCAUUCCACCUAUUCCACUCCAGCAGUUACCACAAGCCUCUCCACUCCAGCAGUUACCACAAGCCUCUCCACUCCAGCAGUUACCACAAGCCUCUCCACUCCAGCAGUUACCACAAGCCUCUCCACUCCAGCAGUUACCACAAGCCUCUCCACUCCAGCAGUUACCACAAGCCUCUCCACUCCAGCAGUUACCACAAGCCUCUCCACUCCAGCAGUUACCACAAGCCUCUCCACUCCAGCAGUUACCACAAGCCUCUCCACUCCAGCAGUUACCACAAGCCUCUCCACUCCAGCAGUUACCACAAGCCUCCCAAUUAAGGUGCCACCAGCCUCCUGUGGUUGACAUUCAUACUGGUUAUAGACUAUGGCGAUAUCGUCUACAUUUUGACAGUUACCUGUAGUGACCUGUAGAGGCCUGUAGUGACCUGUAGAGGCCUGUAGUGACCUGUAGUGACCUGUAGUGACCUGUAGAGGCCUGUAGUGACCUGUAGAGGCCUGUAGUGACCUGUAGAGGCCUGUAGUGACCUGUAGAGGCCUGUAGUGACCUGUAGUGAUCUGUAGUAACCUGUAGUGACCUGGUAUUUUCUAUUUAGUUUUGAUUACUAAUGCUUUCCUCAUAAAACAUUACAGCAUAGAAGGACCUUUAAGGACGUUUUGUCAUGUAAUAGGACGACUGUAACAUCAGCUGUAAGAACGUAAGAUGGCGCUGACAGACAGCUCUGUUUCUAGCUCCUAAGUGACUUUUGUCACGCCCUGGCUCUGGGGACUCUUAAAUGUUGAGCCAGGGUGUGGAUUUUCUAUGUUUAGUUUUCUAUGUUUUUUGUUCUAGAUCGUUUAGUUCUAUGUUGGCCAGGGUGGUUCCCAAUCAGAGGCAGCUGUAGCUCGUUGUCUCUGAUUGGGGCCCAUACUUAGGCAGCCUGUUGGCACCAGUUAGUUUGUGGGAUCUUGUUCCGUAAAGGUUUGUGUUGUUGAAACCUCAGGACUUCACGUAUCGUUCGUUUUGUUGUUUUGUUCGUGUGUUGUGAACUAAAUAAAAUGUACGCUUAUCACGCUGCGCCUUGGUUCCACGAGUCAUCAGUCAACGUGCGUGACAACUUUGCAGUAUUGUGUUUAGUUUUGUUGUUAUUUAUUACAUUAUUAGCACAGAAUGUUUUUUGUGUUAUUACAUACAGCCGGAAAAUAACUUUUGGAUAUCAGAGUGGCAGUAACUCACCAGCAUUACGACCGGGAAUACGACUUUCCCGGAUUGGAUCCUUUGUUCGUACCCCCAAUUGAACUGAUUCCAGAGGCGCUGGCGGCGGAGAAUAGGUAUUCGGAGUACGAAUCAGGAGGCGUGAACACCGUCCACCACUUCCGAGAAUAUAACUCGCUAAUGUUGAGUCUCUGGAUAAGAAAGUAGACGAGCUCAGGGCGAGGAUCUCCUUCCAAAGAGACAUCACGGACUGUCACAUACUCUGUUUCACGGAAUCAUGGCUCUCUCGGGAUAUACUGUCCACGUCCAUACAGCCAGCUGGGUUCUCAGUACAUCGCGCAGACAGGAAUAAAGAACUCUCCGGGAAGAAGAAAGGUGUAUGUUUUAUGAUUAACUACUCAUGGUGUGAUUAUAAUAACGUACAGGAACUCAAGUCCUUUUGUUCACCCGACCUAGAAUACCUCACAAUCAAAUGACGACCGUAUUACCUCAGAAGAGAAUUCUCUUCGGUUAUAGUCCCAGCCGUGUAUAUUCCCCCUCAAGCCGAUACCACGACGAUCCUCAAGGAACUACACUGGACUUUAUGCAAACUGUAAACCACAUAUCCUGAGGCCGCAUUUAUUGUAGCUGGGGAUUUUAAGAAAGCAAAUUUGAGGAAACUACCAAAGUUCUAUCAACACAUUGCCUGUAGUACUUGCUCUCAAAAACUCUCAACUACUGUUACUCUCACUUCCGGGAUGGCUCCUCCGCUCUCCCUUCGGCAAAUCAGAUAACGACUCCAUUCUUCUCCUCCCUUCCUAUAGGCAGAAACUCAAACAAGAAGUACCCGUGCUAAGGUCUAUUCACUGCUGACCAAUCAGAAUCCAUGCUUCAAGAUUGUUUUGAUAAAGCGGACUGGGAUAUGUUCCAGGUAGCCUCUGAGAAUAACAUAGACGUAUACACUGACACGGUGACUGAGUUCAUCAGGAAGUGUAUAAGGGAUGUUGGUCCCACUGUGACUAUUAAAACCUCCCCAAACCAGAAACCUUGGAUAGACGGCAGCAUUCAUGCAAAACUGAAAGCGCGAAACACCGUAUUUAACCUCUUCAUCACUAGGCACCUGGCUAAAGUGCCUGCCUCGAAAAUGCAUGCCCAAAUUGAAUAGAGUAUAUCUCCAAAACAACAAGGGCUAUCAACAUAAUAUUGGUAGCAAAUUGAAAGGUAACACAUGUGAGAUGUAUCUUGAAGUGAAAUUAUUAAUGUGGGUGUUACUGUGACAGAGUACAUGAAGCUAGAACACAGCAUAAAUUGGGAGGUUUUGAUUCCGCCUGAAAGUAACUUCAGGUUUUAUAGAGAAUAAUUUAUUGGACUUAUGCAGCUGCAGCCCCUAAACACUAUGGGACCAUAGCCCAAUAUCCGAUGAGUACUUAUGUGAAGUUUGAUGCCAAUAAAGUAAAGGAAACCAAAGUUGUAGGGGUUUUAGUUUAAGUAUGUUUAGGCGGAUUACCAAAUGGAGACAUUUGGGUAGAUUUGGGCACCAUCAGUGCCAUUUGACUUUUAUCAGGUACCAGACAGCAAAAGGCGUUUAAUUCCACUAACAUAUUAUCACUAUAUGUGUACAUUCCAUCAAAAUACAACUGUUAUGGUGUUGUUUCCCAUGUUCUCCCAGACCUCUAAACGUGUUCCCAUUAAAAUAAACCAUACAAUGGGAAAGUUUCACUCCAAACUGAGCAGAUUUAUUAGAAACUAUAAACAACACAUUUAAAAACAAAAAUUACACACAUCCCAAAACUGUAAACAAUGAUAUUGUGUCGUUGGGUGGGUUGUCACACAAAAUGUAGACCCUUUUUUCUCUUCUCUAUUAUGCCACCUAUCUUCUUCUUCCUCUUCUUCCUCCCCGACUCUUGGAGUGGCAGGCCUACCUCCACCACGCUGACUUGGAGAAAGCUUUUCCUUUUCUUUUGGGUUGAGGGCUCUUUACAGGGGACUCAGUGUCCGAUGAAGACCGUGAUAUUUUAGAAUGUAUGUUUUGUACUCACACAAUAAAUUAGUAAUAGUAGUAUUAGAAGUAAUAAAUAACAAUGGGAUUACAUCCUCUUCUGAUGCUUGAGCAGGGCCCUGGACACGAUAACCUUCCAUCUCGUCGUUGGGGUCUGGUUCGUCCGGUCUAAGCAGGUACUCAUCAAUGGGGAUACAUGGAGUCCAACUUUCAUCUGUUACAAUUAAUAACGCCUCUGUAACUGUAUAUUUGUUACUAGAGCCUGCCAUAUUUGAAUAAACUUUGCAUUUUACCUCCGAAAUUCUAGUGUUGUGGUGCGCUCUGCGUAACCGUGCGUAAUGCAGCAAGUCAACUAAUAUGAGACAAUGAGGUGCGCACCUGGAUAUUUCAACAACCGGUUGGUCGAUUUUGACAUGUGACCCCUCUAUCGAAAGCUUAUGAUCAGUAUAAUUAAAUGAGAACAAUGACAAACCACCGGGAUUGCAUCAUAUAUCCAGAAGAUGGCGACAAAACAGUGCCUGUUGUGAUUGAACCAAACUACUGACUUCAUCUUCAAACACAUUGUUGGCCAUGUAAAUCGAUGGAAACUCAUUGAAAUCGACUCAGAAUGAGAGAGAGACCCUAGAGUAUCUUUUCAAGUGGUUUUAUUCAAUCAGACACUACUUUUGGUAACAGAAACAACAAAGGUAAGACGCAGUUUGUUGUUGUGAUAAAAAAUGGAAGUUUGUUACUGACGUUCUUUGAUUAAUAGUUUAGUGAGUGUUGGUCAUAUAGGAACAUGACUGUUGGAAUCUGUGAGGUAGCAGCUUUUGAAUGGCGUAUCGUUUGUGUAGAUAGGUUGAGAAAAAUACGUUAUCUGUCUACGAAUAUACGGGCAUGCACGGUUACAGUACUGGUUUUGCUAUAUGCUUAUACAUUUGCUUGGAGUCUGAAUAUUAUUUCAUUUGGGCAACAACAGUUUAGCUAUAUUCACAGUUGAGACGCUUCUCGUUCCAGUAGUGGAUAACAUUCAGGUAUUCACAUGUUUAAAAACCGUACUACGCCAUCGUUUGAGAUUGCGGGAGGAGUACCCCGGAUAUGGGGAACCUCGUGAUGAAGAGGAUAACAAUGGCAAGGUGACAAGGAAUAUGGUCGAAUACAAACAGUGUAGUUAUUCCCUCCUUAAGGCAAUCAAACAGGGAAAACGUCAGUACAGAGACAAAGUGGAGUCGCAAUUCAACGGCUCAGACACAAGAUUUAUGUGGCAGGGACUCCAGACAACCACGGAUUACAAAGGGAAAACCAGCCACAUCGCGGACACCGACGUCUUGCUCCCAGACAAGCUAAACACCUUCUUCGCCUGCUUUGAGGAUAACACAGUGCCACCGAUGCGGCCUGCUCCCUAAGACUGUGUGCUCUCGUUCUCCGUGGCCGACGUGAGUAAGACAUUUAAGUGUGUUAACCCUCGAAGGCUGCUGGCCCAGACGGCAUCCCUAGCUGCAUCCUCAGAGCAUGACGCAGACCAGCUGGCUGGAGUGUUUACAGACCUAUUCAAUCUCUAUCCCAGUCUGCUGUCCCCACCUGCUUCAAGACGUCGAUCAUUGUUCCUGUACCCAAGAAAACGAAGGUAACUGAACUUAAUGACUAUCACACAGUAGCACUCACUUCUGUCAUCAUGAAGUGCUUUGAGAGGCUAGUUAAGGAUCAUAUCACCUCUACCUUACCUGUCACCCUAGACCCACUUCAAUUUGCCCCAAUAGAUCCACAGACGAUGCAAUCGCCAUCACACUGCACACUGCUGUAUCCCAUCUGGACAAGAGGAAUACCUAUGUGAGAAUGCUGUUCAUUGACUAUAGCUCAGCCUUCAACACCAUAGUACCCUCAAAGCUCAUCAUCAAGCUCGAGGUCCUGGGUUUGAACCCCGCCCUGUGCAACUGGGUCCUGGACUUCCUGAAGGGUCACCCCCAGGUGGUGUAUGUAGGAAACAACACCUCCACUUCGCUGAUCCUCAACACAGGGGCCCCACAAGGGUGCGUGCUCAGCCCCCUCCUGUACUCCCUGUUCACCCAUGACUGCGUGGCCAAGCACGUCUCCAACUCAAUCAUCAAGUUUGCAGAUGACACAACAGUAGUAGACCUGAUUACCAACAAUGAUGAGACAGCCUACAGGGAGGAGGUGAGGUUCCUGGCGGAGUGGUGCCAGGAAAAUAACCUCUUCCUCAACGUCAACAAAACGAAGGAGCUGAUCGUGGACUUCGGGAGACAGCAGAGGGAGCACGCCCCCAUCCACAUCGACUUGGCCACAGUGGAGAAGGUCAAAAGCUUCCGGUUCAUCUGCGUACACAUCACUGAUAAUCUGAUAUGGUCCACCCACGCAGACAGUGUGGUGAAGAAGGCGCAACAGCGCCUCUUCAACCUCAGGAGACUGAAGAAAUUCGGCUUGGCCCCUAAGACACUCACAAACUUUUACAGAUACACUAUUGAGAGCAUCCUGUUGGGCUGUAUCACCGCCUGGUACGGCAACUGCACCGUCCGCAACUGCAGGGCUCUCUACAGGGUGGUGCGGUCUGCCCAACGCAUCACCAGGGGCACACUGAAUGCCCUCCAGGACAGUUACUGCACCCGAUGUCACAGGAAGGCCAAAAAGAUCAUAAAUUACUCAACCACCCGAGCCACGGCUUGUUCAGCCCACUAUCAUAAACAACAGCUGGUGCAUAAAAUCUAAUACUAAGGAAGUCUCGAGGUUUUGCUCGCCUGAGGUAGAGUUUCUCAUGAUAAGCUGUAGACCACACUAUUUACCAAGAGAGUUUUCAUCUAUAUUUUUCAUAGCUGUCUUUUUUACCACCACAAACCGAUGGUGGCACUAAGAUUACACUCAAUGAGCUAUAUAAGGCCAUUAGCAAAGAGGAAAAUGCUCAUCCAGAGGCAGCACUCCUAGUGGCCGGGGACUUUAAUGCAGGCAAACUAAAGCAUGUUAAAUGUGCAACCAGAGGGGAAAAAUUCCUGCUUAUAGGCAAAAACUGAAGCAGGAAGCACCAGUGACUCAGUUAAUAAGGAAGUGGUCAGAUGAAACAGAUGCUAAGCUACAAGACUGUUUUGCUAGCACAGACUGGAACAUGUUCCAGGAUUCUUCCGAUAGCAUUGAGGAGUACACCACAUCAGUCACUGGCUUCAUAAAUAAGUGCAUCGAUGACGUCGUCCCCACAGUGACCGUACGUAAAUACCCCAACCAGAAGCCAUGUAUUACAGGCAACAUCCGCACUGAACUAAAAGGUAGAGCUGCCGCUUUCAAGGAGCGGGAUUCUAACCCGGACACUUAUAAGAAAUCCUGCUAUGCCCUCCGACGAACCAUCAAACAGGCAAAGAGUCAAUACAGGACUAAGAUUGAAUCGUACUACACAAGCUCUGAUGCUCGUCGGAUGUGGCAGGGCUUGCAAACUAUUGCAGACUACAAAGGGAAGCACAGCCGUGAGCUGCCCUGUGACACAAGCCUACCAGUCGAGGUAAAUCACUUCUAUGCUCGCUUCGAGGCAAGCAACAAUGAAGCAUGCAUGAGAGCAUCAUAUGUUCCGGAUGACUAUGUGAUCACGCUCUCCGUAGCCGAUGUGAGUAAGACUUUUAAGCAGGUCAACAUUCACAAGGCAGCAGGGCAAGACGGAUUACCAGGACGUGUACUCCGAGCAUGUGCUGACCAACUGGCAAGUGUCUUCACCGACAAUUUCAACAUGUCCCUGACUGAGUCUGUAAUACCAACAUGUUUCAAGCAGACCACCAUAGUCCCUGUGCCCAAGGACACUAAGGUAACCUGCCUAAAUGACUACCAACCCGUAGCACUCACGUCUGUAGCCAUGAAGUGCUUUGAAAGGCUGGUCAUGGCUCACAUCAACACCAUUUUCCCAGAAACCCUAGACCCACUCCAAUUUGCAUACCGCCCCAACAGAUCCACAGAUGAUGCAAUCUCUAUUGCACUCCACACUGCCCUUUCCCACCUGGACAAGAGGAACACCUACGUGAGAAUGCUGUUCAUUGACUACAGCUCAGCGUUCAACACCAUAGUGCCCUCAAAGCUCAUCACUAAGCUAAGGACCCUGGGACUAAACACCUCCCUCUGCAACUGGAUCCUGGACUUCCUGACGGGCCGCCACCAGGUGGUAAGGGUAGGUAACAACACAUCUGCCACGCUGAUCCUCAACACAGGGGCCCCUCAGGGGUGCGUGCUCAGUCCCCUCCUGUACUCCCUGUUCACCCAUGACUGCAUGGCCAGGCACGACUCCAACACCGUCAUUAAGUUUGCUGAUGACACAGCAGUGGUAGGCCUGAUCACCGACAACGAUGAGACUAUAGGGAGCAGGUCAGAGACCUGGCAGUGUGGUGCCUGGACAACAACCUCUCCCUCAACAUGAUCAAGACAAAAGAGAUGAUUGUGGCCCACAAGGAAAAAAAGAGGACUGAGCACGCCCCCAUUCUCAUCGACGGGGCUGUAUUGGAACAGGUUGUGAGCUUCAAGUACCUUGGUGUCCACAUCACCAACAAACUAUCAUGGUCCAAACACACCAAGACAGUCGUGAAGAGGGCACAACAAAGCCCAUUUCCCCUCAGGAGACUGAAAAGAUUUGGCAUGGGUCCUCAGAUCUUCAAAAGGUUCUACAGCUGCACCAUCGAGAGCAACCUGACUGGUUGCAUCACCGCCUGGUAUGGUAACUGCUCGGCCUCUGACCGCAAGGCACUACAGAGGGUAGUACGUACGGCCCAGUACAUCACUGGGGACAAGCUUCUUGCCAUCCAGGACCUCUAUACCAGGUGGUGUCAGAGGAAGGCCCUAAACAUUGUAAAAGACUCCAGCCACCCUAGUCAUAGACUGUUCUCUCUGCUACCGCACAGCAAGUGGUACCAGAGCGCCAAGUCUAGGUCCAAAAGGCUUCUUAACAGCUUCUACCCCCAAGCCAUAAGACUCCUGAACAGCUAAUCAUGGCUACCCGGACUAUUUGCACUGCCCCCCCACCCCUUCUCUUACGCUGCUGCUACUCUGUUUAUUAUUUAUGCAUAGUCACUUUAACUCUACCCACAUGUACAUAUUACCUCAAUUACCUCGACUAACCGGUACCCCCGCACAUUGACUCUGCACCGGUACCUCCUGUAUAUAGCCUCCCUACUGUUAUUUUAUUUUACUGCUGCUCUUUAAUUAUUUGCUAUUUUUAUUUUUUACUUAUAUAUUUUUUACUUAACACUUAAAACUGCAUUGUUGGUUAUGGGCUUGUAAGUAAGCCUGUUGUAUUCGGCUCAUGUGGCAAAUACAAUUUGAUUUGAAGGAUAGGUCAGUACAGGUGCAUCAAAGUUGGGACGGAGAGACUGAAAACAGCUUCUAUCUCCAGGCCAUCAGACUGUUAAAUAGCCAUCCCUAGCCAGCCUCCACCCAGUUACCCUGCUCCUUAAAGGCAGGUACUUAGACAUGGAUACACUGGUCACUUGAAUAAUGUUUACAUUACUCAUUUCAUAUGUAUAUACUGUAUUCUACUGUAUUUUAGUGAAUGCCACUCCGACAUUGCUCGUCCUAAUAUUUAUAUAUUUCUUAAUUCCGUUAUUUUACUUUGAGAUGUGUGUUUAUUGUUGUGAAUUGUUAGAUAUUACUGCACUGUUGGAGCUAGGAACAAAAGUUUUUAGCUACACCCGCAAUAACAUCUGCUAAAUAUGUGACCUAUGCAAUGGCUUGCGAAAGUUUCACCCCCCUUGGCAUUUUUCCUAUUUUGUUGCCUUACAACCUGGAAUUAAAAUGGAUAUUUUGGGGGGGUUGUAUCAUUUGAUUUACACAACAUGCCUACCACUUUGAAGAUGCAAAAUAUGUUUUAUUGUGAAACAAACAAGAAAUAAGACAAAAAAAACAGAAAACUUGAGCGUGCAUAACUAUUCACCCCCCCCCCCCCCCCCCCCCCCCCCCCCCCCCCCAAAGUCAAUACUUUGUAGAGCCACCUUUUGCAGCAAAUACAGCUGCAAGUCUCUUGGGGUAUGUCUCUAUAAGCUUGGCACAUCUAGCCACUGGGAUUUUGGCCCAUCCUUCAAGGCAAAACUGCUCCAGCUCCUUCAAGUUGGAUGGGUUCCGCUGGUGUCCAGCAAUCUUUAAGUCAUACCACAGAUUCUCAAUUGGAUUGAGGUCUGGGCUUUGACUAGGCCAUUCCAAGAUAUUUAAACGUUUCCCCUUAAACCACUCGAGUGUUGCUUUAGCAGUAUGCUUAGGGUCAUUGUCCUGCUGGAAGGUGAACCUCCGUCCCAGUCUCAAAUCUCUGGAAGACUGAAACAGGUUUCCCUCAAGAAUGUCCCUGUAUUUAGCGCCAUCCAUCAUUCCUUUAGUUUUGACAAGUUUCCCAGUCCCUGCCGAUGAAAAACAUCCCCACAGCAUGAUGCUGCCAUCACCAUGCUUCACUGUGGGGAUGGUGUUCUCGGGGUGAUGAGAGGUGUUGGGUUUGCACCAGACAUAGCGAUUUCCUUGAUGGCUACAAAGCUAAAUUUUAGUCUCAUCUGACCAGAGUACCUUCUUCCAUAUGUUUGGGGAGUCUCCCACAUGCCUUUUGGCAAACACCAAACUUUAAUUUUUUUUCUUUAAGCAAUGGCUUUUUUUGGGCCACUCUUCCGUAAAGCCCAGCUCUGUGGAGUGUAUGGCUUAAAGUGGUCCUAUUGACAGAUACUCCAAUCUCCGCUGUGGAGCUUUGCAGCUCCUUCAGAGUUAUCUUUGGUCUCUUUGUUGCCUCUCUGAUUAAUGGCCUCUUUGCCUGGUCCGUGAGUUUUGGUGGGCGGCCCUCUCUUGGCAGGUUUGUUGUGGUGCCAUAUUUUUUUAAUUUUUCAAUACAUUUAUUUAAUGGUUCUCCGUGGGAUGUUCAAAGUUUCUGAUAAUUUUUUAUAACCCAACCCUGAUCUGCACUUCUCCCCAACUUUGUCCCUGACCUGUUUGGAGAGCUCCUUGGUCUUCGUGGUGCCGCUUGCUUGGUGGUGCCCCUUGCUUAGUGUAAUGAAUACUCGGACAGAGUGGUAAGAUCCAAUCGCAGAAUCGCGAUGCUUUAUUAGAGUACAGACAAGGGAAUAGCUUAAUCGUGGUCGGGCGGGCUGUGGUCAAAACCGGGCCAGGCAGAGACAGGCAGAGGUACCAAGGGAGCGGGCUUAGUCGUAGUUGAGGUCACAGGCACAGGAUCAGAGAACGGUAAUCACUGGGGUAGACAGGUAGAGGAUUAAGCAAUUCGGGGAGUCAAACAACAAGGCACAGGUCGGAUACACGGGUAAUCAAAAACAACAAACUCUCUCUCUCUCUCGGAACAAAACGCUUAGCAAGUCACAAUGGAACAAUACCUCGCACCGACUGAACUUCUGAGCACACCUUAAAUCCUACACUAAUUACUGACAGGUGUGCUCAGAACUCAGGUGAACCAGAUCGAGUCUGAUGACUCCCCCUCUCUGUAGAUCGGGGAAGUGUCAGACUCUGUCUAGACCCAGCCAACCCCCGAUCCCUUACAGUAUCCCCCUCCCCAGGGCCGGCUCCUGACGGCCUUCUACCUCUACCGGGUGGUCUUCCUCUGGGUCGGGGUCCGGGAUGAUCUGGGUGUUCAGCGUGGAAAGUGGCCUUGAGAGUGGGGUCUAGUAUGUCCUUAGCAGGGACCCAGGACCGUUCCUCCGGUCUAUAUCCCUCCCAGUCCAUGAGAUAUUCGAUGCCCCCUCGUCUCCGUCUUGACUCCAGUAUCUCGUGGACUGUAUAGGUGGUGUCCUGUUCAUCCUCCAAAGGUGGUGUAGUAGGUUGUUGAGCGAUUGGUGGGUACAUCGGGCUAUAAUGGACAGGUUUCAACAGGGAGACGUAGAUGGGUGAAUGGCCCCUUGCUGUAGUGCCUCAUCAAUAUACUUGCUCAUUGAUUCUCGUUCCGGCUGUGACAAAGGGUAGAUUCGUCCGCGAGGAGGUGUAGCCCCGGAUAGCAGAUCAAUUGCACAAUCCCAGGCCCGAUGCGGUGGUAACACGGUAGCCCUCUCCUUGGAGAACACCUGCGCGUAAUCCUGGUACUCUGUAGGAACAACAGUAGACACCGCACCCUUCGCAUCCUCCACAGUAGACGUUUUGCAAGGUAAAAUGAGGCACUCUGCCCUACAUACCUCACUCCAAGCAUUGAUAUCGCCAGAUCUCCAGGAGAUGACCGGAUCAUGGGUAACGAGCCAGGGGUGGCCGAGGACUAGCGGCUUCCGUGGAGCGGAGAUGACGAACAGAAUGAUGUUCUCAUGGUGCAGGGAGCCCACUUGUAAUUUGAUUUCCUCGGUACGGUGCGUAAUGAACCCAGUGCCCAUGGGCUCACCGUCUAGCGCGUUGACUCGCAGGGGAGGUUGAAUUGGGAUAAGUUGAACUCCCAACUCCUCAGCAAGACCCAUAUCCAGAAAGCUGGCAGCCGCUCCGGAAUCAAUAAGUCCUUCCAACCUGCGCACUUUCUCUCUGACAGAUAAGGUAACUGGCACAUACAUUUGUUUGGAUGUAAUGUUCAAAACUGGAGUCUCACUCACCGGUUUGGCAGUUCCGAGGCGAUAUCCUGGGGUACGGUUUGGUCGUACCGGACAUUGACUAACGAAAUGACCCAACUGACCACAAUACAGGCAUAGUCCGUCUUGCCGACGUUGUUGUCUCACCGACCCUUGUAGAGGUGACCGUCCCAGUUGCAUAGGUUCCUCCUCAGAUUCUCUCCUCCACUCUGUCGAUUGCUGAGGACCAGUAAUCGAGGGCUCCCGGACUGUGGAUACCUUGUGUUGCACUAUCAGAUUAUCAAUAGAGAUGGCUAUUUUGAUAAAUUCAUGUAGCGCAGUGAUAUCUCCUCGACAAGCCAACUCAGUCUGUACGUCCUUUGCGCAGCCCUCUUCGGAAAACGGUGAGCAAAGCCGUCUUGCUCCAUCCGCUACCGGCUGCUAUAGUACGGAACUCUAAAGCGUAGUCGGCUACGGUGCGACGGCCCUGCUGAAGUUCGCAUAGUUGGUCUCCCACACUACGCCCAGAUACUGGGUGGUCGAACACCUCCUGGAACAGUCUCUUGAACUGAACUUCCGCAUUCAACUCGGGAACCUCAGCUGCCCAAAGCGCAGUAGCCCAAUCCAGUGCUCUUCCCGUUAGUAGAGAAAUCAUGAAAUCCACCCUGCUACGGUCAUCGGGAAACAUAGUACGAUUAUACGACAUAUACAGGGACGUCUGAAGUAGAAACCCCUGACAUUUGCCAGGUUCCCCGUCGUACCUAGUCGGUAGAGAAAUCGGAGGUGUAGGACGAGGACUGACCGUGCUCGGGGUGGUGCCUUCAGCUGCACCAGUGUUGAGUAGCUGUAGGAGUUCAUCCAUGCGUUUCUCCUGUAUCUCCCAUCGCCUCUGUAAUUCCGCUGGAUCCAUGGUAAUGGCGAGGUAUUCUGUAAUGAAUACUCGGACAGAGUGGUAAGAUCCAAUCGCAGAAUCGCGAUGCUUUAUUUGAGUACAGACAAGGGAAUAGCUUAAUCGUGGUCGGGCGGGCUGUGGUCAAAACCGGGCCAGGCAGAGACAGGCAGAGGUACCAAGGGAGUCCCUUACACUUAGUGGUGUUGCAGACUCUGGGGCCUUUCAGAACAGGUGUAUAUAUACUGUGAUCAUGUGGCACUUAGAUUGCACACAGGUGGACUUUAUUUAACUAAUUAGUUGACUUCUGAAGGUAAUUGGUUGCACCAGAUCUUAUUUAGAGGCUUCCUAGCAAAGGGGGUGAAUACAUAUGCACGCACCACUUUUCCGUUAUUAUUUUUUUCGAAUUUUUGGAAACAAGUAAUUUUUUUCAUUCCACUUCACCAAUUUGGACUAUUUUGUGUAUGUCCAUUACAUGAAAUCCAAAUACAAAUCCAUUUAAAUUACAGGUUGUAAUGCAACAAAACAGGAAAAAAUGCCAAGGGGGAUGAAUACUUUUGCAAGGCACUGUACAAUUGGUUUUGAUUUGACAUCAUAGGAGCUGUGACAUCAUAGCAGCUGUGACAUCAUAACAGCUGUGACAUCAUAGCAGCUGUAGCAUCAUAGCAGCUGUGACAUCAUAGGAGCUGUGACAUCAUAGCAGCUGUGACAUCAUAACAGCUUUGACAUCAUAGCAGCUGUGACAUCAUAGGAGCUGUGACAUCAUAACAGCUUUGACAUCAUAGCAGCUGUGACAUCAUAGGAGCUGUGGCAUCAUAACAGCUGUGACAUCAUAGCAGCUGUGACAUCAUAGGAGCUGUGACAUCAUAACAGCUGUGACAUCAUAGCAGCUGUAACAUCCUUUAUAGAAGCAGUUGCAGCAGUAGAGGAUUGGUCCCUUUCAUAAUGUGUGCAUCCUAAAUGGCUCCCUAUACACCAGUGCAUUCUGAAAGUAUUCAGACCCCUUGACUUUUUCCACAUUUUGAUACGUUACAGCCUUAUUCUAAAACAGAUUGAAUUAAAUAUUUUCCUCAUCAAUGUACACACAAUACCCCAUACUGACAAAGUGAAAAUAGGUUUUUUAAAAUGUUUGCAAAUGUAUUAAAAAUACAAAACUGAAAGACCUUAUUUACAUAAACAUUCAGACUCAAAAUUGAGCUCAGGUCAAAUCAAAUCAAAUCAAAUUUUAUUGGUCACAUGCGCCGAAUACAACAGGUGCAGACAUUACAGUGAAAUGCUUACUUACAGCCCUUAACCAACAGUGCAUUUAUUUUAAACAAAAAAAGUAAAAAUAAAACAACAACAAAAAAAGUGUUGAGAAAAAAAGAGCAGAAGUAAAAUAAAGUGACAGUAGGGAGGCUAUAUAUAUAAUAAAAUAAAGUGACAGUAGGGAGGCUAUAUAUACAGGGGGGUACCGUUGCAGAGUCAAUGUGCGGGGGCACCGGCUAGUUGAGGUAGUUGAGGUAAUAUGUACAUGUGGGUAGAGUUAAAGUGACUAUGCAUAAAUACUUAACAGAGUAGCAGCAGCGUAAAAAGGAUGGGGUGGGGGGGGGCAGUGCAAAUAGUCCGGGUAGCCAUGAUUAGCUGUUCAGGAGUCUUAUGGCUUGGGGGUAGAAGCUGUUGAGAAGUCUUUUGGACCUAGACUUGGCACUCCGGUACCGCUUGCCGUGCGGUAGCAGAGAGAACAGUCUAUGACUAGGGUGGCUGGAGUCUUUGACAAUUUUGAGGGCCUUCCUCUGACACCGCCUGGUAUAGAGGUCCUGGAUGGCAGGGAGCUUUGCCCCAGUGAUGUACUGGGCCGUACGCACUACCCUCUGUAGUGCCUUGCGGUCAGAGGCCAAGCAGUUGCCAUACCAGGCGGUGAUGCAACCAGUCAGGAUGCUCUCGAUGGUGCAGCUGUAGAAUUUUUUGAGGAUCUGAGGACCCAUGCCAAAUCUUUUUAGUCUCCUGAGGGGGAAUAGGCUUUGUCGUGCCCUCUUCACGACUGUCUUGGUGUGUUUGGACCAUGAUAGUUCUUUGGUGAUGUGGACACCAAGGAACUUGAAGCUCUCAACCUGUUCCACUACAGCCCCGUCGAUGAGAAUGGGGGCGUGCUCAGUCCUCUUUUUUUUCCUGUAGUCCACAAUCAUCUCCUUUGUCUUGGUCACGUUGAGGGAGAGGUUGUUGUCCUGGCACCACACGGCCAGAUCUCUGACCUCCUCCCUAUAGGCUGUCUCAUCGUUGUCGGUGAUCAGGCCUACCACUGUUGUGUCGUCGGCAAACUUAAUGAUGGUGUUGGAGUCGUGCCUGGCCAUGCAGUCAUGGGUGAACAGAGAGUACAGGAGGGGACUGAGCACGCACCCCUGAGGGGCCCCCGUGUUGAGGAUCAGUGUGGCAGAUGUGUUGUUACCUAUCCUUACCACCUGGGGGCGGCCCGUCAGGAAGUCCAGGAUCCAGUUGCAGAGGGAGGUGUUUAGUCCCAGGAUCCUUAGCUUAGUGAUGAGCUUAGAGGGCACUAUGGUGUUGAAUGCUGAGCUGUAGUCAAUGAAUAGCAUUCUCACGUAGGUGUUCCUCUUGUCCAGGUGGGAAAGGGCAGUGUGGAAUGCGAUAGAGAUUGCAUCAUCUGUGGAUCUGUUGGGGCGGUAUGCAAAUUGGAGUGGGUCUAGGGUUUCUGGGAUUAUGCUGUUGAUGUGAGCCAUGACCAGUCUUUCAAAGCACUUCAUGGCUACAGACGUCAGUGCUACGGGUCGGUAGUCAUUUAGGCAGGUUAUCUUAGAGUUCUUGGGCACGGGGACUAUGGUGGUCUGCUUGAAACAUGUUGGUAUUACAGACUCAGUCAGGGACAUGUUGAAAAUGUCAGUGAAGACACUUGCCAGUUGGUCAGCACAUGCUCGGAGUACACGUCCUGGUAAUCCGUCUGGCCCUGCGGCCUUGUGAAUGUUGACCUGCUUAAAAGUCUUACUCACAUCGGCUACGGAGAGCGUGAUCACAUAGUCGUCCGGAACAGCUGGUGCUCUCAUGCAUGCUUCAGUGUUGCUUGCCUCGAAGCGAGCAUAGAAGUGGUUUAGCUCGUCUGGUAGGCUUGUGUCACUGGGCAGCUCGCGGCUGUGCUUCCCUUUGUAGUCUGUAAUAGUUUUCAAGCCCUGCCACAUCCGACGAGCGUCAGAGCCAGUGUAGUAUGAUUCAAUCUUAGACCUGUAUUGACUCUUUGCCUGUUUGAUGGUUCGUCGGAGGUCAUAGCGGGAUUUCUUAUAAGCGUCCGGGUUAGAGUCCCGUUCCUUGAAAGCGGCAGCUCUACCCUUUAGCUCAGUGCGGAUGUUUCCUGUAAUCCAUGGCUUCUGGUUGGGGUAUGUACGUACGGUCACUGUGGGGACGACAUCAUCGAUGCACUUAUUGAUGAAGCCAGUGACUGAUGUGGUGUACUCCUCAAUGCUGUCUGAAGAAUCCCGGAACAUGUUCCAGUCUGUGCUAGCAAAACAGUCCUGUAGCUUAGCAUCUGCGUCAUCUGACCACUUUUUUAUUAACCGAAUCACUGGUGCUUCCUGCUUCAGUUUUUGCUUAUAAGCAGGAAUCAGGAGGAUAGAGUUAGCUUUGCCAAAUGGAGGGCGAGCUUUGCCAAAUGGAGGGCGAGGGAGAGCUUUGUAUGCGUCUCUGUGUGUGGAGUAAAGGUGGUCUAGAGUUUUUUCCCCUCUGGUUGCACAUUUAACAUGCUGGUAGAAAUUAGGUAGAAUGGAUUUAAGUUUCCCUGCAUUAAAGUCCCCGGCUACUAGGAGCGCUGCAUCUGUAUGAGCGUUUUCCUGUUGAUUAAUGGCCUUGUACAACUCAUUCAGUGCAAUCUUAAUGCCAGCAUUGGUUUGUGGUGGUAAAUAGACAGCUAUGAAAAAUAUAGAUGAAAACUCUCUUGGUAAAUAGUGUGGUCUACAGCUUAUCAUAAGAUACUCUACCUCAGGCGAGCAAAACCUAGAGACUUCCUUAGUAUUUGAUUUUGUGCACCAGCUGUUGUUUACAAAUAUACAGAGACCGCCACCCCUUGUCUUACCAGAGUCUGCCGUUCUGUCCUGUCGAUGUAGCGUAUAGCCUGCUAGCUGAAUGUUAUCAUUGUUGUCGUUCAGCCACGACUCCGUGAAACAUAAGAUAUUACAGUUUUUAAUGUCCCGUUGGUAGGAUAACUGUAAUCUUAAAUCGUCAAUUUUAUUCUCAAAAGAUUGAACGUUGGCUAAUAGGAUUGAUGGGAGAGGCAGUUUACUCGCUCGCCGUCGGAUCCUUACAAGGCACCCGGAUCUGCGUCCGCGAUAUCUCCGUCUCUUCCUCACGCGAAUGACGGGGAUCUGGGCCUUGUCGGUUGUCUGUAGGAUAUCCUUCGCGAACGCCUCGUUGAAGAAAAAAUCUUCGUCCAAUGCGAGGUGAGUAAUCGCUGUCCUGAUAUCCAGAAGCUCUCUUUGGUUAUAAGAGACGAUGGCAGAAACAUUAUGUACAAAAUAGAUUACAAAUAACGCGGAAAAACACACAUAAUAGUACAAUUGGUUAGAGGGCUGUAAAACGGCAGCCAUCUUCUCCGGCGCUGUUUGGUCAGCAGUGCAUCCUGCAGUGCAUCCUGUUUCCAUUGAUCAUCCUUGAGAUGUUUCUACAACUUGAUUGGAGUCCACCUGUGGUAAAUUAAAUUGAUUGGACAUGAUUUGGAAAGGCACACACCUGUUUAUAUAAGGUCCCACAGUUGACAGUACAUGUCAGAACAAAAACCAAGCCAUGAGGUCGAAGGAAUUGUCCGUAGAGCUCCGAGACAGGAUUGUGCCGAGGCACAGAUCUGGGGAAGGGUACCAACAAAUGUUUGCAGCAUUGAAGAUCCCCAAGAACACAGUGGCCUCCAUCAUUCUUAAAUGGAAAAAGUUUCGAACCACCAAGACUCUUCCUAGAGCUGGCUGCCCGGCCAAACUGAGCAAUCGGGGGAGAAGGGCCUUGGUCAGGGAGGUGACCAAGAACCUGAUGGUCACUCUAACAGAGCUCCAGAGUUCCUCUGUGUAGAUGGGAGAACCUUCCAGAAGGACAACCAUCUCUGCAGCACUCCACCAAUCAGGCCUUUAUGGUAGAGUGGCCAGACGGAAGCCACUCCUCAGUAAAAGGCACAUGACAGCCCGCUUGGAGUUUGCCAAAAGGCACCUAAAGACUCUUAGACCAUGAGAAACAAGAUUCUCUGGUCUGAUGAAACCAGGAUUGAACUCUUUGGCCUGAAUGCCAGUGUCACGUCUGGAGGAAACCUGGCAAAAUCCCUACGGUGAAGCAUGGUGGUGGCAGUAUCAUGCUGUGGGGAUGUUUUUCAGCAGCAGGGACUGGGAGACUAGUCAGGAUCGAUGGAAAGAUGAACGGAGCAAAGUACAGAGAGAUCCUUGAUGAAAACCUGCUCAGGACCUCAGACUGGGGCGAAGGUUCACCUUCCAACAGGACAACGACCCUAAGCACACAGCCAAGAUAAUGCAGGAGUGGCUUCGGGACAAGUCUCUGAAUGUCCUUGAGUGGCCCAGCCAGAGCCCAGACUUGAACCCGAUCUAACGUCUCUGGAGAGACCUGAAAAUAGCUGUUCAGCGACGCUCCCCAUCCAUCCUGACAGAGCUUGAGAGGAUCUGCAGAGAAGAAUGGGAGAAACUCCCCAAAUACAGGUGUGCCAAUCUUGUAGCGUCAUACCCAAGAAGACUCGAAGUUGUAAUCGUUGCCAAAGGUGCUUGAACAAUGUACUGAGUAAAGGGUCUGAAUACUUGAUUUUUAAUAAAUUGGCACAAAAAAAAAAAUUAUAUAUAUAUAUAUAUACUGUUUUGCUUUGUCAUUAUGGGGUGUUGUGUGUAGAUGAGGGGAAAAACAAUUUAAUCAAUUUUAGAAUAAGACUGUAAUGUAACAAAAUGUGAAAAAAAGUCAAGGGGUCUGAAUACUUUCCGAAGGCACUGUAUAUAUAUAUACAUACUGUAGGUUCAGAACUAUAUGUAUGGCCUACAGAGGGAAUAAGGUGCUAUUUGGGACAUAUAUAAUAUCAUAACAUAUAAUAACAUCAUAAUAUGAUUAAUAACAUCAUAAUAUGAUUAAUAACAGCCACCCUCUCACUGCUAUAGUCUGAUGUCAUCAUUCUGUGGAGGACACAGUGAGGAACCCUGGGUACUGGUGACAGACUGUCUGUCUCUGUAUGAGAUCUACCAGAUAAUAACGUUUCCUCUGCUAGGACCAGGCCCAUAGGGAAUCGGCUGCCAUUUGGGAUGCAUUCAUUUCCUCUGGUAGUUGUAGUGCUGUAUAGUAUUGUUCCAAUCAAAUAGCAAUACAAAUGAAGAACCUAAUGUACUGAACUGAAGAACCUAAUGUACUGAACUGAAGAACCUAAUGUACUGAACUGAAGAACCUAAUGUACUGAACUGAAGAACCUAAUGUACUGAACUGAAGAACCUAAUGUACUGAACUGAAGAACCUAAUGUACUGAACUGAAGAACCUAAUGUACUGAACUGAAGAACCUAAUGUACUGAAUUGAAGAACCUAAUGUACUGAACUGAAGAGCCUAAUGUACUGAACUGAAUGACCUAAUGUACUGAACUGAAGAACCUAAUGUACUGAAUUGAAGAACCUAAUGUACUGAACUGAAGAGCCUAAUGUACUGAACUGAAGAACCUAAUGUACUGAACAGAAGAACCUAAUGUACUGAACUGAAGAACCUAAUGUACUGAACUGAAGAACCUAAUGUACUGAACUGAAGAACCUAAUGUACUGAACUGAAGAACCUAAUGUACUGAAUUGAAGAACCUAAUGUACUGAACUGAAGAACCUAAUGUACUGAACUGAAGAACCUAAUGUACUGAACUGAAGAACCUAAUGUACUGAACUGAAGAACCUAAUGUACUGAAUUGAAGAACCUAAUGUACUGAACUGAAGAGCCUAAUGUACUGAACUGAAUAACCUUAUGUACUGAACUGAAGAGCCUAAUGUACUGAACUGAAGAACCUAAUGUACUGAACAGAAGAACCUAAUGUACUGAACUGAAGAACCUAAUGUACUGAACUGAAGAACCUAAUGUACUGAACUGAAGAACCUAAUGUACUGAAUUGAAGAACCUAAUGUACUGAACUGAAGAACCUAAUGUACUGAACUGAAGAACCUAAUGUACUGAACUGAAGAACCUAAUGUACUGAACUGAAGAACCUAAUGUACUGAACUGAAGAACCUAAUGUACUGAACUGAAGAGCCUAAUGUACUGAACUGAAAAACCUAAUGUACUGAACUGAAAAACCUAAUGUACUGAACUGAAGAACCUAAUGUACUGAACUGAAGAACCUAAUGUACUGAAUUGAAGCAGCAUGAAAUUCUUAUACAGGUGAUGGCAACCAACCCCAACUGUCUCACUAUUCCCUAUAUAUAUAUAGUGCAGUACUUUACAGGGUUCUGGUCAAAAGCAGUGCACUAUAUAGGGAAUAGAGUGCCAUUUGAGACUCAGAGGUAAUAUAUUGAACUGAAUCAUUUUCAUUCAGUAGGAAAGUCUCUUACAGCUGAAGGAUGAUUCGAACCCAACUGGCUCCCAGAUCACCUCUCCCUGCCAGAUAUCCUCUCCCUGCCAGAUAUCCUCUCCCUGCCAGAUAUCCUCUCCCUGCCAGAUAUCCUCUCCCUGCCAGAUAUCCUCUCCCUGCCAGAUAUCCUCUCCCUGCCAGACCUCCUCUCCCUGUCAGAUAUCCUCUCCCUGCCAGAUCUCCUCUACCUGCCAGACAUCUCCCUGACAGACUUCCUCUCCCUCCCAGAUCUCCUCUCCCUGCCAGACCUCCUCUCCCUGCCAGACCUCCUCUCCCUGCCAGACAUCCUCUCCCUGCCAGAUAUCCUCUACCUGCCAGACAUCUCCCUGACAGACUUCCUCUCCCUGCCAGACCUCCUCUCCCUGCCAGACCUCCUCUCCCUGUCAGAUCACCUCUCCCUGCCAGACCUCCUCUCCCUGCCAGACCUCCUCUCCCUGUCAGAUAUCCUCUCCCUGCCAGAUAUCCUCUACCUGCCAGACAUCUCCCUGACAGACUUCCUCUCCCUGCCAGACCUCCUCUCCCUGUCAGAUCACCUCUCCCUCCCAGACUUCCUCUCCCUGCCAGACCUCCUCUCCCUGUCAGAUCUACUCUCCCUCCCAUAUCUCCUCUCCCUGCCAGACCUCCUCUCCCUGCCAGACCUCCUCUCCCUGCCAGACCUCCUCUCCCUGUCAGAUAUCCUCUCCCUGCCAGAUAUCCUCUACCUGCCAGACAUCUCCCUGACAGACUUCCUCUCCCUGCCAGACCUCCUCUCCCUGUCAGAUCACCUCUCCCUCCCAGACCUCCUCUCCCUGCCAGACCUCCUCUCCCUGCCAUCCACUUAACUGUGGUCAGCUGGGGGGAGAAUCAGAGGAAGCCAUUAGGUUUUAACGUGGAGCCGAUUAAGAGCCGGGACUUGUUAUCCUUCCCAGCUAGCUGCUGCUCUGCUCCACACAUGUGUAUCACAUGUCAGAUGUGGUAACAAUGUAGCUACAUCACAUAAAUCACUUCCUUAUUCAUUAGUUAAUGGUCCUCUGUAGCUCAGCUGGUAGAGCACGGCACUUGUAACGCCAAGGUAGUGGGUUCGAUCCCCGGGACCACCCAUACACAAAAAAUGUAUGCACGCAUGACUGUAAGUCGCUUUGGAUAAAAGCGUCUGCUAAAUGGCAUAUUAUUAUAGUUAGUUUCUAUUGGAUCUGACACUGACUCAUUCAGAGGGAUGAAACUCUCCCUCUACCCAGAACUUGACCCCAACCUGACCCCCCCUCUGACCCCAUCCUGACCCUCCCUCUGACCCUCCCUCCAACCCCAACCUGACCCUCCCUCCAACCCCAACCUGACCCUCCCUCCGACCCCAACCUGACCCUCCCUCCGACCCCAACCUGACCCUCCCUCCAACCCCAACCUGACCCUCCCUCCAACCAUAACCUGACCCUCCCUCCAACCCCAACCUGACCCUCCCUCCAACCCCAACCUGACCCUCCCUCCAACCAUAACCUAACCCUCCCUCCAACCAUAACCUGACCCUCCCUCCAACCCCAACCUGACCCUCCCUCCAACCCCAUCCUGACCCUCCCUCCAACCCCAACCUGACCCUCCCUCCAACCCCAACCUGACCCUCCCUCCAACCAUAACCUAACCCUCCCUCCAACCAUAACCUGACCCUCCCUCCAACCCCAACCUGACCCUCCCUCCAACCCCAUCCUGACCCUCCCUCCGACCCCAACCUGACCCCCCCUCCAACCCCAACCUGACCCCCCCUCCAACCCCAACCUGACCCUCCCUCCAACCCCAACCUAACCCUCCCUCUGCUCUGGCCCAACCAUAACCUAACCCUCCCUCCGCUCUGGCCCAACCAUAACCUAACCCUCCCUCUGCUCUGGCCCAACCAUUACCUAACCCUCCCUCCGCUCUGGCCCAACCAUUACCUAACCCUCCCUCCGCUCUGGCCCAACCAUUACCUAACCCUCCCUCCGCUCUGGCCCAACCAUUACCUAACCCUCCCUCCGCUCUGGCCCAACCAUAACCUAACCCUCCCUCUGCUCUGGCCCAACCAUAACCUAACCCUCCCUCCGCUCUGGCCCAACCAUUACCUAACCCUCCCUCCGCUCUGGCCCAACCAUUACCUAACCCUCCCUCCGCUCUGGCCCAACCAUUACCUAACCCUCCCUCUGCUCUGGCCCAAAUAUAACCUAACCCUCCCUCCGCUCUGGCCCAACCAUAACCUAACCCUCCCUCCGCUCUGGCCCAACCAUAACCUAACCCUCCCUCCGCUCUGGCCCAACCAUAACCUAACCCUCCCUCCGCUCUGGCCCAACCAUUACCUAACCCUCCCUCUGCUCUGGCCCAACCAUAACCUAACCCUCCCUCCGCUCUGGCCCAACCAUAACCUAACCCUCCCUCCGCUCUGGCCCAACCAUAACCUAACCCUCCCUCUGCUCUGGCCCAACCAUUACCUAACCCUCCCUCCGCUCUGGCCCAACCAUUACCUAACCCUCCCUCCGCUCUGGCCCAACCAUUACCUAACCCUCCCUCUGCUCUGGCCCAAAUAUAACCUAACCCUCCCUCCGCUCUGGCCCAACCAUUACCUAACCCUCCCUCCGCUCUGGCCCAACCACAACCCCAGAGGUGACCAAGGCACCAGGAGAGACAUCACUUACAUCCAUGGAUGGAAACCACUCCCAUAAUCGUUCUCUUUAACAGGAGAAUCAGUGUGACCUAAAUAUUGACAUUCAUUAGCCAACUGCAUGUAAAGGAAACCAGGAAUAGAUCCAUCUGGUGUGGAGGUGUGGUGGAAUUGUAGGAUGCAUCCAAAAUGGUACCAUAUUCCCUAUAUUUGGCACUACUUUUGACAAGGGCCCAUAUGGCUUUGGUUAGAAGCAGUGCACUUCGUAGAGAAUAUGGUGCAAUUUGGGACACAGGCUUAGUUUGCUAAUAAACAGUCGACCACAAGGCCUGUCAGAUCCUACCAGCUCUCACAGUCUCACGUCAGAAUUAGACGUUCAUCCAUGUUUCUCAAACAUCUUAUUUCAAAGUUGUUCCAAACGUCAAAUUUCAAAGGUUUUAAGGUUAAAUUCAGGCAUUAACUCCAAAUUCUUAAGGUUAGGGAUUAACUCUGAAUGGUUAAGGUAGGGUUUAAGGUUUGGGAUAGGUUUAAAACAAAAAUAAUUUUCUAUCGCUGGAUUUGAACUUGCAACCUUUAGAAUCAGAGGCAGAUGCAUACACCCAUCUGCCAUCCCCGUCCUCAACACCCCAGCAAAACUACUUCAAAGUAACAGUGCUCACUGUUGCCCCUAGUGGACGGUUUCCACGUUAUCUCCAAACAUCCUCAGACAUGGAUGGAUGUCAAAUACUUGUUUGUAUCACGGGUGACCUGGCUGGUCAGAUCUGAGCUAUGAUCUGCAGGAGGACCGCAGGCUCCUCAGACUGUCAGAUCUUAACUACGAUCUGCAGGAGGACUGCAGGCUCCUCAGACUCUGCUCUAUUGAGGUUAGACCGUGUUUCAUCUCCUAGUGAGGCCUAAAUAUCAUCAGACAGGAGCCUCGCUUUAAAGCAUUCCCCCAGCAGCAGGGCUUACCAGCAGGAAUGUGUGAAGAGAGGAGUUGGGGGGUUUUCACUGGGUUUCUAAAGGUUAUUCUUCUUGAAAUAUUUGAUCUGUAUCUUUCGGUGUCUCGUUGUUUCUCGUGUUUCGUGACCCUGUGAGAUGAGAUGUUCGUGCAGAUGAGAGAGAAAUUGAAUUGUGGUCUUUCUGAGAAAGAGUUGAUCUGCAUCCAAAAAUUAUCCCAGUUAUCGAAAACAGACAUUGUUGAAACUGGGACUGAAUGAAGAUAAAAAUAUGGCAUUAGAGCAUGGUGUUUUACCCAGAGAGGGUGAAAACAUGCUUUGGUGUUGAAAUUUCACUUCCUUAUGUUAUAAAAUACAUUUUAGCACGACAAAUAUGAUUAUUCAUGUUCUGAAUCUGUUGACAUAGCGGUGCAGUUUUCUCCUUUUGAGGGUUUUACAUUUUGUGGUCGUCAUCUUGAAAGUUGUUUCUGCGGUUCGCAAAAAGCAAAAUUAGCGUGACACGAGCUGAAUUAAAUCUAAAAGGCUUUGAAAAUAAAAAGCUUGGUAUAUGUUCAGUGCUCCGUUGACAUUUCACAGACAUACGCUUGUUUUUGUAAGAAAUCUUAGAAAAAGAACAGGAAUUUCAAAUUAAGAUGAAAAUACUGCGUCAUGUCUCAAAAUCAAUAUCUUACCUCUAUAUUGUUUAAUGUCCUGCCUAUUGGAGAAGAAAGAUGAGUUCAAUGUGAAAGUUUCAAGGUAGCCAGUGUUUCAAUCCACCUAGCUGACGCCUUAUCUUAGCUCAUUGGUCACCAUAGCAACACCCACCCGUAGUCUGCGCUCCAGCAGGUAUAUCUCACUGGUCAUCCCCAAAGCCAACACCUCCUUUGGCCGUCAUUCCUUCCAGUUCUCUGACUGGAACGAAUUGCAAAAAUCUCUGAAACUGGAGACUCUUAUCUCCCUCACUAACUUUAAGCAUCAGUUGUCAGAGCACCUUACCGAUCACUGCACCUGUACACAGCCCAUCUGAAAUUAGCCCACCCAACUACCUCAUCCCCAUAUUGUUAUUUAUUUUGCUAAUUUGCACCCCAGUAUCUCUAUUUGCACAUCAUCUUCUGCACAUUUUCUAUUGUGUUUUUGAUACAGGCCCCGUGUAGCUCAGUUGGUAGAGCAUGGUGCUCGCAACGCCAGGGUUGUGGGUUCAAUUCCCACGGUGGGCCAGUAUGAAAAAAAUAUGUAUGCACUAAGUCGCUCUGGAUAAGAGCGUCUGCUAAAUGACUAAAAUGUUGACUGUACAUUUUGUUUAUUCCAUAUGUAACUCUGUUGUUGUUUUUAUCACACUGCUUUGCUUUAUCUUGGCCAGGUCGCAGUUGUAAAUGAGAACUUGUUCUCAACUGGCUUACCUGGUUAAAUAUAGGUUAAAUAAAAAAUUUAAAUUAAAUGUGUCCAAAGAAUUGGACACAAGGGAUACAUCCCAAACUGCACACUUAUUCCCUAUUUAGUGCACUACUUAUGACCAGAGCCCAUAGAGUUCUACAGUAUGUAGGGAACAGAGUGCCAUCUGGGACGCAGGGAAGGAUUUGAAUGUCCCACAGCCCUGUGUGGUCUAACCAGUAGGCUGGUUAACAGCUCAACUCUCCCACAGCCCUGUGUGGUCUAACCAGUAGGUCUGGUUAACAGCUCAAACUCUCCCACAAGCCCUGUGUGGUCUAACCAGUAGGCUGCGUUAACAGAUACACCCCUGUGUGGUCUAAACCAGUAGGCUGGUUAACAGCUCACUCUCCCACGGCCCUGUGUGGUCUAACCAGUAGGCUGGUUAAACAGCUUCAAACUCUCCCAACGGCCCUGUGUGGUCUAAACCAGUAGGCCUGGUUAAACAGCUCAACUUUCCCCACAGCCCUGUGUGGUCUAAGCCAGUUAGGGCUGGUUUAAACAGCUCAACUCUCCCACAGCCCGUGUGCGGUCUAACCCAGUAGGCUGGGUUAAACAGAUCAACUCUCCCACAGGCCCUGUUGUGGUCUUAACCAGUAGGCUGGUUAACAGCCUAAACUCUCCCACUACGCCCUGUGUGGUCUAACCAGUAGGCUGGUUAACACUACAGCCUGUGUGGUCUAACCAGUAGCUGGUUAACAGCCACAGCCCUGUGUGGUCUAACCAGUAGGCUGGUUAAACAUGCUCAAAGCCCUGUGUGGUCUAACCAGUAGGCUGGUUAACAGCUACAGCCCUGUGUGGUCUAACCAGUAGGCUGGUUAACAGCUCAACUCUCCCACAGCCCUGUGUGGUCUAACCAGUAGGCUGGUUAACAGCUAAAGCCCUGUGUGAUCUAACCAGUAGGCUGGUUAACAGCUCAACUCUCCCACAGCCCUGUGUGGUCUAACCAGUAGGCUGGUUAACAGCUACAGCCCUGUGUGGUCUAACCAGUAGGCUGGUUAACAGCUACAGCCCUGUGUGGUCUAACCAGUAGGCUGGUUAACAGCUACAGCCCUGUGUGGUCUAACCAGUAGGCUGGUUAACAGCUACAGCCCUGUGUGGUCUAACCAGUAGGCUGGUUAACAGCUAACCAAGCCCUGUGUGGUCUAACCAGUAGGCUGGUUAACAGCGACAGCCGCUGUGUGGUCUAACCAGUAGGCUGGUUAAAACAGCUACAAGCCCUGUUGUGGUCUAACCAGUAAGGCCUGGUUAACAGCUACAGCCCUGUGUGGUCUAACUCAUUAGGCCAGUAGGCCUGUGUGUCUAACCAGUGGCUGUUACAGCCAACCCCCUGUUGGUUCUAACCAGUAGGCUGGUUAACAGCUCAACUCUCCCACAGCCCUGUGUGGUCUAACCAGUAGGCUGGUUAAAGCUACGCCCUGUGGUGGUCUAAACCAGUAAGGCUGGUUAAAAGCUACAGCCCUGUGUGGUCUAACCAGUAGGCUGGUUACAGCUAACAGAGCCUGUGGUGGUCUAACCAGUAGGCUGGUUAAGCCUCAACCCUCCACAGCCCUGUGUGGUCUAACCAGUAGGCUGGUUAACAGCUCAACUCUCCCAGCCCUGUGUGGUCUAACCAGUAGGCUGGUUAACAGCUCAACUCUCCCACGGCCCUGUGUGGUCUAACCAGUAGGCUGGUUAACAGCUCAACUCUCCCACAGCCCUGUGUGGUCUAACCAGUAGGCUGGUUAACAGCUCAACUCUCCCACGGCCCUGUGUGGUCUAACCAGUAGGCUGGUUAACAGCUCAACUCUCCCACGGCCCUGUGUGGUCUAACCAGUAGGCUGGUUAACAGCUCAACUCUCCCACGGCCCUGUGUGGUCUAACCAGUAGGCUGGUUAACAGCUCAACUCUCCCACAGCCCUGUGUGGUCUAACCAGUAGGCUGGUUAACAGCUCAACUCUCCCACAGCCCUGUGUGGUCUAACCAGUAGGCUGGUUAACAGCUCAACUCUCCCACAGCCCUGUGUGGUCUAACCAGUAGGCUGGUUAACAGCUCAACUCUCCCACGGCCCUGUGUGGGUCUAACCAGUAGGCUGGUUAACAGCUCAACUCUCCCACGGCCCUGUGUGGUCUAACCAGUAGGCUGGUUAACAGCUAAACUCUCCCACGGCCCUGUGUGGUCUAACCAGUAGGCUGGUUAACAGCUCAACUCUCCCACAGCCCUGUGUGGUCUAACCAGUAACUGGUUAACAGCUCAACUCUCCCACAGCCCUGUGUGGUCUUACCAGUAGGCUGGUUAACAGCUCAACUCUCCCACGGCCCUGUGUGGUCUAACCAGUAGGCUGGUUAACAGCUCAACUCUCCCACGGCCCUGUGUGGUCUAACCAGUAGGCUGGUUAACAGCUCAACUCUCCCACGGCCCUGUGUGGUCUAACCAGUAGGCUGGUUAACAGCUCAACUCUCCCACAGCCCUGUGUGGUCUAACCAGUAGGCUGGUUAACAGCUCAACUCUCCCACAGCCCUGUGUGGUCUAACCAGUAGGCUGGUUAACAGCUCAACUCUCCCACGGCCCUGUGUGGUCUAACCAGUAGGCUGGUUAACAGCUCAACUCUCCCACAGCCCUGUGUGGUCUAACCAGUAGGCUGGUUAACAGCUCAACUCUCCCACAGCCCUGUGUGGUCUAACCAGUAGGCUGGUUAACAGCUCAACUCUCCCACAGCCCUGUGUGGUCUAACCAGUAGGCUGGUUAACAGCUCAACUCUCCCACAGCCCUGUGUGGUCUAACCAGUAGGCUGGUUAACAGCUCAACUCUCCCACGGCCCUGUGUGGUCUAACCAGUAGGCUGGUUAACAGCUCAACUCUCCCACGGCCCUGUGUGGUCUAACCAGUAGGCUGGUUAACAGCUCAACUCUCCCACAGCCCUGUGUGGUCUAACCAGUAGGCUGGUUAACAGCUCAACUCUCCCACAGCCCUGUGUGGUCAAACCAGUAGGCUGGUUAACAGCUCAACUCUCCCACAGCCCUGUGUGGUCUAACCAGUAGGCUGGUUAACAGCUCAACUCUCCCACGGCCCUGUGUGGUCUAACCAGUAGGCUGGUUAACAGCUAAACUCUCCCACAGCCCUGUGUGGUCUAACCAGUAGGCUGGUUAACAGCUCAACUCUCCCACAGCCCUGUGUGGUCUAACCAGUAGGCUGGUUAACAGCUACAGCCCUGUGUGGUCUAACCAGUAGGCUGGUUAACAGCUCAACUCUCCCACAGCCCUGUGUGGUCUAACCAGUAGGCUGGUUAACAGCUCAACUCUCCCACAGCCCUGUGUGGUCUCUAACCAGUAGGCUGGUUAACAGCUCAACUCUCCCACAGCCCUGUGUGGUCUAACCAGUAGGCUGGUUAACAGCUCAACUCUCCCACAGCCCUGUGUGGUCUAACCAGUAGGCUGGUUAACAGCUCAACUCUCCCACAGCCCUGUGUGGUCUAACCAGUAGGCUGGUUAACAGCUCAACUCUCCCACAGCCCUGUGUGGUCUAACCAGUAGGCUGGUUAACAGCUCAACUCUCCCACGGCCCUGUGUGGUCUAACCAGUAGGCUGGUUAACAGCUCAACUCUCCCACGGCCCUGUGUGGUCUAACCAGUAGGCUGGUCAACAGCUCAACUCUCCCACAACCCUGUGUGGUCUAACCAGUAGGCUGGUUAACAGCUCAACUCUCCCACGGCCCUGUGUGGUCUAACCAGUAGGCUGGUUAACAGCUCAACUCUCCCACAGCCCUGUGUGGUCUAACCAGUAGGUGGUUAACAGCUCAACUCUCCCACAGCCCUGUGUGGUCUAACCAGUAGGCUGGUUAACAGCUCAACUCUCCCACAGCCCUGUGUGGUCUAACCAGUAGGUUGGUUAACAGCUCAACUCUCCCACAGCCCUGUGUGGUCUAACCAGUAGGCUGGUUAACAGCUCAACUCUCCCACAGCCCUGUGUGGUCUAACCAGUAGGCUGGUUAACAGCUCAACUCUCCCACAGCCCUGUGUGGUCUAACCAGUAGGCUGGUUAACAGCUCAACUCUCCCACGGCCCUGUGUGGUCUAACCAGUAGGCUGGUUAACAGCUCAACUCUCCCACGGCCCUGUGUGGUCUAACCAGUAGGCUGGUUAACAGCUCAACUCUCCCACAGCCCUGUGUGGUCUAACCAGUAGGUUGGUUAACAGCUCAACUCUCCCACAGCCCUGUGUGGUCUAACCAGUAGGCUGGUUAACAGCUCAACUCUCCCACAGCCCUGUGUGGUCUAACCAGUAGGUUGGUUAACAGCUCAACUCUCCCACAGCCCUGUGUGGUCUAACCAGUAGGCUGGUUAACAGCUCAACUCUCCCACAGCCCUGUGUGGUCUAACCAGUAGGCUGGUUAACAGCUCAACUCUCCCACAGCCCUGUGUGGUCUAACCAGUAGGCUGGUUAACAGCUCAACUCUCCCACGGCCCUGUGUGGUCUAACCAGUAGGCUGGUUAACAGCACAACUCUCCCACAGCCCUGUGUGGUCUAACCAGUAGGCUGGUUAACAGCUCAACUCUCCCACAGCCCUGUGUGGUCUAACCAGUAGGCUGGUUAACAGCUCAACUCUCCCACGGCCCUGUGUGGUCUAACCAGUAGGCUGGUUAACAGCUCAACUCUCCCACGGCCCUGUGUGGUCUAACCAGUAGGCUGGUUAACAGCUCAACUCUCCCUAGGCCCUGUGUGGUCUAACCAGUAGGCUGGUUAACAGCUCAACUCUCCCACAGCCCUGUGUGGUCUAACCAGUAGGCUGGUUAACAGCUCAACUCUCCCACAGCCCUGUGUGGUCUAACCAGUAGGCUGGUUAACAGCUCAACUCUCCCACGGCCCUGUGUGGUCUAACCAGUAGGCUGGUUAACAGCUCAACUCUCCCACGGCCCUGUGUGGUCUAACCAGUAGGCUGGUUAACAGCUCAACUCUCCCACGGCCCUGUGUGGUCUAACCAGUAGGCUGGUUAACAGCUCAACUCUCCCACGGCCCUGUGUGGUCUAACCAGUAGGCUGGUUAACAGCUACAGCCCUGUGUGGUCUAACCAGUAGGCUGGUUAACAGCUCAACUCUCCCACAGCCCUGUGUGGUCUAACCAGUAGGCUGGUUAACAGCUCAACUCUCCCACAGCCCUGUGUGGUCUAACCAGUAGGCUGGUUAACAGCUCAACUCUCCCACAGCCCUGUGUGGUCUAACCAGUAGGCUGGUUAACAGCUCAACUCUUCCACGGCCCUGUGUGGUCUAACCAGUAGGCUGGUUAAAAGCUCAACUCUCCCACGGCCCUGUGUGGUCUAACCAGUAGGCUGGUUAACAGCUCAACUCUCCCACGGCCCUGUGUGGUCUAACCAGUAGGCUGGUUAACAGCUCAACUCUCCCACAGCCCUGUGUGGUCUAACCAGUAGGCUGGUUAACAGCUAAACUCUCCCACAGCCCUGUGUGGUCUAACCAGUAGGCUGGUUAACAGCUCAACUCUCCCACGGCCCUGUGUGGUCUAACCAGUAGGCUGGUUAACAGCUCAACUCUCCCACGGCCCUGUGUGGUCUAACCAGUAGGCUGGUUAACAGCUCAACUCUCCCACGGCCCUGUGUGGUCUAACCAGUAGGCUGGUUAACAGCUCAACUCUCCCACGGCCCUGUGUGGUCUAACCAGUAGGCUGGUUAACAGCUACAGCCCCUGUGUGGUCUAACCAGUAGGCUGGUUAACAGCUCAACUCUCCCACAGCCCUGUGUGGUCUAACCAGUAGGCUGGUUAACAGCUCAACUCUCCCACAGCCCUGUGUGGUCUAACCAGUAGGCUGGUUAACAGCUCAACUCUCCCACAGCCCUGUGUGGUCUAACCAGUAGGCUGGUUAACAGCUCAACUCUUCCACGGCCCUGUGUGGUCUAACCAGUAGGCUGGUUAAAAGCUCAACUCUCCCACGGCCCUGUGUGGUCUAACCAGUAGGCUGGUUAACAGCUCAACUCUCCCACGGCCCUGUGUGGUCUAACCAGUAGGCUGGUUAACAGCUCAACUCUCCCACAGCCCUGUGUGGUCUAACCAGUAGGCUGGUUAACAGCUAAACUCUCCCACGGCCCUGUGUGGUCUAACCAGUAGGCUGGUUAACAGCUCAACUCUCCCACGGCCCUGUGUGGUCUAAACCAGUAGGCUGGUUAACAGCUCAACUCUCCCACGGCCCUGUGUGGUCUAACCAGUAGGCUGGUUAACAGCUCAACUCUCCCACGGCCCUGUGUGGUCUAACCAGUAGGCUGGUUAACAGCUCAAACUCUCCCACGGCCCUGUGUGGUCUAACCAGUAGGCUGGUUAACAGCUCAACUCUCCCACGGCCCUGUGUGGUCUAACCAGUAGGCUGGUUAACAGCUCAACUCUCCCACGGUCCUGUGUGGUCUAACCAGUAGGCUGGUUAACAGCUCAACUCUCCCACGGCCCUGUGUGGUCUAACCAGUAGGCUGGUUAACAGCUAAACUCUCCCACGGCCCUGUGUGGUCUAACCAGUAGGCUGGUUAACAGCUCAACUCUCCCACGGCCCUGUGUGGUCUAACCAGUAGGCUGGUUAACAGCUCAACUCUCCCACGGCCCUGUGUGGUCUAACCAGUAGGCUGGUUAACAGCUCAACUCUCCCACGGCCCUGUGUGGUCUAACCAGUAGGCUGGUUAACAGCUCAACUCUCCCACGGCCCUGUGUGGUCUAACCAGUAGGCUGGUUAACAGCUCAACUCUCCCACGGCCCUGUGUGGUCUAACCAGUAGGCUGGUUAACAGCUCAACUCUCCCACGGCCCUGUGUGGUCUAACCAGUAGGCUGGUUAACAGCUCAACUCUCCCACAGCCCUGUGUGGUCUAACCAGUAGGCUGGUUAACAGCUCAACUCUCCCACAGCCCUGUGUGGUCUAACCAGUAGGCUGGUUAACAGCUCAACUCUCCCACAGCCCUGUGUGGUCUAACCAGUAGGCUGGUUAAGAGCUCAACUCUCCCACGGCCCUGUGUGGUCUAACCAGUAGGCUGGUUAACAGCUCAACUCUCCCACAGCCCUGUGUGGUCUAACCAGUAGGCUGGUUAACAGCUCAACUCUCCCACGGCCCUGUGUGGUCUAACCAGUAGGCUGGUUAACAGCUCAACUCUCCCACAGCCCUGUGUGGUCUAACCAGUAGGCUGGUUAACAGCUACAGCCCUGUGUGGUCUAACCAGUAGGCUGGUUAACAGCUCAACUCUCCCACGGCCCUGUGUGGUCUAACCAGUAGGCUGGUUAACAGCUCAACUCAACCUACUUCCACCACUGCUGUAUACUGUGUGUUUGAACUAUACAGUUCAGAAACACUUGUUGUUAAUGCAUUAAACAUGACACGUUUCCUCUUGUGUUGGUAAAUGUUUUUUCCGCAGUUUUGCACAUACUGUAUAAAUGUCUGUUAAUUGUUUUUCCAUUUUAUAAUUUGAAUUUUAAUUGAAAGGGGAUUAAGGACUGAGUGUAAAAUGAUUCCUGCUGCUGAACACAGAGAAAUGGACCAAUCUCAUUCUGCAGAGAAACUUCACAGACAAUCCUUGACUAAGACAUAUUUAGUGUUUAGUAAUAAUAAGUAUUUAAUCUUCAAUAGAAAAUAUAGAUUUAUGAUUUAUGAUAUGAUUUAAGUGUCUCUUCAGUAGUGUUUUAAAGGAUACUCCAACAUUUGAUUAUUCAUUUUAAGAGUCUGAGUCAGAGAUGAUCAGUCCAAUGAAGAGGGUCAGUGCAUCAAAUAGCCCCAAGGACAAAUUCUCAGCUACAUUCACACAGCAGAAUGCAGAGCCAAACUGAUUCACACAGCAGAAUGCAGAGCCAAACUGAUUCACACAGCAGAAUGCAGAGCCAAACUGAUUCACACAGCAGAAUGCAGAGCCAAACUGAUUCACACAGCAGAAUGCAGAGCCAAACGGAUUCACACAGCAGAAUGCAGAGCCAAACUGAUUCACACAGCAGAAUGCAGAGCCAAACUGAUUCACACAGCAGAAUGCAGAGCCAAACUGAUUCACACAGCAGAAUGCAGAGCCAAACUGAUUCACACAGCAGAAUGCAGAGCCAAACUGAUUCACACAGCAGAAUGCAGAGCCAAACUGAUUCACACAGCAGAAUGCAGAGCCAAACUGAUUCACACAGCAGAAUGCAGAGCCAAACUGAUUCACACAGCAGAAUGCAGAGCCAAACUGAUUCACACAGCAGAAUGCAGAGCCAAACUGAUUCACACAGCAGAAUGCAGAGCCAAACUGAUUCACACAGCAGAAUGCAGAGCCAAACUGAUUCACACAGCAGAAUGCAGAGCCAAACUGAUUCACACAGCAGAAUGCAGAGCCAAACUGAUUCACACAGCAGAAUGCAUAGCCAAACUGAUUCACACAGCAGAAUGCAGAGCCAAACUGAUUCACACAGCAGAAUGCAGAGCCAAACUGAUUCACACAGCAGAAUGCAGAGCCAAACUGAUUCACACAGCAGAAUGCAGAGCCAAACUGAUUCACACAGCAGAAUGCAGAGCCAAACUGAUUCACACAGCUGAAUGCAGAGCCAAACUGAUUCACACAGCAGAAUGCAGAGCCAAACUGAUUCACACAGCAGAAUGCAGAGCCAAACUGAUUCACACAGCAGAAUGCAGAGAAAAACUCAUUACAUUCAUACAGCGGGCUACAUACCACUGGACUGGCACAUAAUACAGUAUAUGCCAUUUUCCAGGCUCUUCUAUCCAAAGUGACUCACAGUCGUACAUACAUGCACAGCUUUUCUGUUGACUUCAGUCAAACCCACAACCCAAGACAUAUGGCUAGCAAUAAUUAGAAGUGGUUAUUGCUGGUGCUGUCUGAGUUAGAUGCUUGAUUUAAGGUCAGAGUUUCACACAUGAAUUACAAGUUACAAUUCGGACCUCAAAUGGACCUAUUAAAAUAGUAUACUAUUCUAGUAUUGUUUCAUAGUAUGGUUGUAGUAUUGUUUCAGAGUAUGGGCGUAGUAUUGUUUCAUAGUAUGGUUGUAUUAUUGUUUCAGAGUAUGGUAGUGGUAUUGUUUCAGAGUAUGGCCGCAGUAUUGUUUCAGAGUAUGGUAGUAGUAUUGUUUCAUAGUAUGGUUGUAGUAUUGUUUCAGAGUAUGGUUGUAGUAUUGUUUCAUGUUAUGGUUGUAGUAUUGUUUCAGAGUCUGCCAAUGGGAGAGUAUUGUCUCGGAGUAUUGUCUCACAAUAUGGCAGCAUUAUGCCAUAGUAAUUAGUAUUGUCUCAGGCUGUGCCAGUGUCUGCCAGAGUAAUGAGCAUUGUCUCACGUUAUGCCAGUGUCUGCCAGUGUAAUGAGUAUUGUCUCAGGCUGUGCCAGUGUCUGCCAGUGUAAUGAGUAUUGUCUCAGGCUGUGCCAGUGUCUGCCAGAGUAAUGAGUAUUGUCUCAGGCUGUGCCAGUGUCUGCCAGAGUAAUGAGUAUUGUCUCAGGUUAUGCCAGUGUCUGCCAGAGUAAUGAGUAUUGUCUCAGGUUAUGCCAGUGUCUGCCAGAGUAAUGAGUAUUGUCUCAGGCUGUGCCAGUGUCUGCCAGUGUAAUGAGUAUUGUCUCAGGCUGUGCCAGUGUCUGCCAGUGUAAUGAGUAUUGUCUCAGGCUGUGCCAGUGUCUGCCAGAGUAAUGAGUAUUGUCUCAGGCUGUGCCAGUGUCUGCCAGAGUAAUGAGUAUUGUCUCAGGCUGUGCCAGUGUCUGCCAGAGUAAUGAGUAUUGUCUCGGGCUGUGCCAGUGUCUGCCAGUGUAAUGAGUAUUGUCUCAGGCUGUGCCAGUGUCUGCCAGAGUAAUGAGUAUUGUCUCAGGCUGUGCCAGUGUCUGCCAGAGUAAUGAGUAUUGUCUCAGGUUAUGCCAGUGUCUUCCAGAGUAAUGAGUAUUGUCUCAGGCUGUGCCAGUGUCUGCCAGAGUAAUGAGUAUUGUCUCAGGCUGUGCCAGUGUCUGCCAGAGUAAUGAUUAUUGUCUCAGGCUGUGCCAGUAUCUGCCAAUGUAAUGAGUAUUGUCUCAGGCUGUGCCAGUGUCUGCCAGAGUAAUGAGUAUUGUCUCAGGCUGUGCCAGUGUCUGCCAGUGUAAUGAGUAUUGUCUCAGGCUGUGCCAGUGUCUGCCAGAGUAAUUAGUAUUGUCUCAGGCUGUGCCAGUGUCUGCCAGAGUAAUGAGUAUUGUCUCAGGCUGUGCCAGUGUCUGCCAGAGUAAUGAGUAUUGUCUCAGGCUGUGCCAGUGUCUGCCAGUGUCUACCAUCUGAGGCAGUAGCUAUUUUUCCUGUUCACCCAGGGAUUAACUGGAAAAGUGUCAUUGUAAUAUUGCAUGAAACCUUUGUGUUGUUUCUCUCUUGAUGCCUCUUAGAUUCUGUUGUGACAUUCUUUUCAUCUGCUGGAACAGGAAACCUCUCGCUGAGAACAAAACAAAAAUCCUCCCAUUAUUUUUUAUGACUGGUUGUUGUUUUUAUGACUGGUUGUUGUGUACAUAAACAGUCAAUACAUUCAUUAGCAGAGGGAAAUGUCAAGCAUAAAACGCUCAGAGGAUGUGAUGCUGUGUCAGGACCGGCUCCAGGCAUAACGGUUGCUUAGGAACCCAGGGCGCUAGAGUCUUUUUGGUUUGUUUUUGGACCUCAGUCAGGAUUCAACUUCCUUAUUAAGAUCUCAGUCGGGGUUCAACUCACUGUCAUGAUCUCAGUCGGGGGUUCAACUCACUGUCAUGAUCUCAGUCGGGGGUUCAACUUACUGUUAGGGCGGCAGGUAGCUUAGUGGUUAAGAGCGUUGUGCCAGUAACCGAAAGGUCGCUGGUUCCAAUCCCUGAGCCGACUAGGUGAAAAAUCUGUCGAUGUGCCCUUGAGCAAGGCACUUAAACCCUAAUUGCUCCUGUAAAUUGCUCUGGAUAAGAGAGUCUGCUAAAUGACAAAAAAAGAAAAAAGAUCUCAGUCGGUGUUCAUCUCAUUGUUAAGAUCUCAGUCGGGGUUCAACUUCCUGUUAAGAUCUCUGUCGGGGGUUCAACUUCCUGUUAAGAUCUCAGUCGGGGGUUCAACUUCCUGUUAAGAUCUCAGUCGGGGGUUCAACUCACUGUUAAGAUCUCAGUCGGGUGUUCAACUUCCUGUUAAGAUCUCAGUCGGGUGUUCAACUUCCUGUUAAGAUCUCAGUCAGGUGUUCAACUUCCUGUUAAGAGAUAGAAUACACAAGGUGCCAGUUGUCACGAUCGUUGGAUAUAGAGGACCAAGGCGCAGCGUGGAAGGUGAACAUACUUAUUUAUUAAAUGAUACACGAACAAAACAACAAAUCGAUACGUGACGUCCACAGGUGCAAAACACAAACCAACACGGAACAAGAUCCCACAAACACUGUGGGAAAACCACCUGACUAAAUAUGGUUCCCAAUCAGAGACAACCAGCAACAGCUGAUACUCGUUGCCUCUGAUUGAGAACCACUCUGGCCAACAUAGAUAUACAAAAACUAGACUAGACACAACGAGCACAAAACAUAAACUCUACACACCCUGGCUCAACUUAAAAGAGUCCCUAGAGCCAGGGCGUGACAGUACCCCCCCUAAAGGCGCGGACUGCGACCGUGCCUAAACAUCACCGAACAGGGGAGGGCUGGGUGGGCAUUCCUCCUCGGAGGCGGUUCCGGCUCCGGGCUUGACCACCACCCUCUACUAACCCCCCCGUAGUGCCCCUGGUCUGGUCUAGCCCCACUGGCUGGAGCUGGACUGGACUUCGGUGGAGCGGAUUGCUCAGGCUCCGGUGUGGAGCAGCUGACCGGUACCUGACCAGGCACCGGUGAAACGGGCACGGGCUGGCGAUGCGCACCACAGGUUUGGUGCGGGGAGCAGGAACAGGCCAGACCAGGCUGGCGACGCGCACCAUUGGCUUGGUGCGGGGAGCAGGAACAGGCCGGGCCGGGCUGGCGACGCGCACCACUAGCUUGGCGCGGGGAGCAGGAACGGGCCGGGCCGGGCUGGCGACGCACACCAUUGGCUUGGUGCGGGGAGAAGGAACAGGCCGGGCCGGGCUGGCGACGCGCACCAUAGGCUUGGUGUGAGGGGCAGGAACAGGCCGGGCCGGGCUGGCUACGCGCACCAUAGGCUUGGCGCGAUGGACAGGAACAGGCCGGACCGUACUGGGAACACACACCACUGGCCUUACACGGGGAUCAGGAACGGGCCGGACCGGACUGGCAACACACUUCAGUACCUCUCGCCGUGCCUCUACAUUUUCCUUCCCUCUAUACACCAAUGGCUCCCGUAACCCGGUGGCCUUCUCUCCUCGUCCACCAACUCGCCCCUUAUCUGCCUCCAGUGGCCCCGUCGUCCCUUCCAUGUGCCCCCCCCUAAAAAUGUAUUGGGGGUGCCCCUCGCCUGUCCGACGACUGCCCGGUUGGCGCCGCUUCUCCUCUCCUGCCUGGGCACGCUGCUUGGUCCUGUAUUGGUGGGAUCUUCUGUCAACAGAAGACGAGCGCCGAUCUCCACCGCAGUGAGGGACCGGUGUACGCACCGGGAGAUCGUGUCUGGCUCUCGACCAGAAACCUGCCCCUUCGCCUGCCCUGCCGGAAGCUGGGUUGGCGGUUUGUGGGGCCUUUUAAAGUCCUGAGGAGGUUGAACGAGGUGUGUUACAGGUUACAAUUGCCUAUUGAUUACAAGAAUAUAAACCCCUCGUUCCAUGUGUCUCUCCUCAGGCCGGUGGUAGCUGGUCCACUCCAGGACUUUGAGAUAGAGGAGACUCCUCCGCCCCCGCUGGACAUCGAGGGGGCUCCGGCGUACACUGUUCGGUCCAUCCUGGAUUCGAGACGCCGGAUGGGGGGGCUCCAAUAUCUCGUGGAGUAGGAGGGGUACGGCCCGGAGGAGCGGUGCUGGGUGCCGAGGAGGGACAUCUUAGACCCGUCUCUUCUGACCGAGUUCCAUCGUGGUCAUCCUACGCGCCCUGCUCCGCGUCCGCCUGGUCGUCCUCGAGGCCGGGGUCGGCGCACGGCUGGAGCCGCGCGUCAAGGGGGGGGGUACUGUCACGGUUUCGGCCGAGGCUGCUUCUCCUCCUUGUUCGGGCAGGCUUCGGCGGUCGUCGUCUCCGGAGUACUAGCUGCCACCGUUCUAUGUUUCGAUGUUCGUUUGGUUUGGUCUGUUUGUACACCUGUUCUUUGUUAGUGUUGAUUAGGUGCCCUAUAAGUUCUCUUAGGUUUUGUCAUGUGUUGUGUGUAAUUGUUUCGUGUCAGCUAGGCGUCAGUUUGUUCUCUCUCGUUCUGUUUUGUUUGGAGAGAGUGUCCGCACUGUGUGCGCAGUUUGGGUUACGCACUGUUUCCUGUGUGCGUAAUUGUUUCGCUUGCCCUCCGGCUGGGAUUUUGCCGUGAGUCUUUUUGUAUUGUUUGAUCCUCACUAAAGACUGUUGAAGAGCCUCUGUUGUCCUGCGCUUGAUUUCUGCACCACAUCUACGCUCAGCCCUUGACACCAGUUCAGCAAUUUUUCUCUUGUUAUGUCAGUCAAUGCCAGUCACUCAAUUAGCCAUGUCAGCUAAAAAAUUUUGAUUGGUAAAUUAGUCCAGGGGCCCUGACCUUAUUUAUUUAGUUAGUCACUCUCACCCAGAUAUCAUUAAUGUGGCGUAAGUCAUGGCAAAUGUGUAGAAUUGCAGUACAUUUGGUUUAAAACUGAAAACACUACAUGGCAAAAUUAUUAAAAUUGCACAGUGACUAUACAAACGUAUUGCACAGUGACUAUACAAACGUAUCCAAACCAAAAGCCAUGGAUUACAGGCAAUAUCCGCACUGAGCUAAAGGCUAGACCUACCGCUUACAAGGAACGGGACAGGACUUCGGCGUUACUCUGGACCCUGAUAUCUUUUUGACGAACAUAUCAAGAAUAUUUUAAGGACAGCUUUUUUCCAUCUUCGUAACAUUGCAAAAAACAGAAACUUUUUGUCAAAAAAUUAUGCAGAAAAGCUAAUCCAUGCUUUUGUCACUUCUAGAUUAGAUUUCUGCAAUGCUCUGCUACCCGGAUAAAGCACUAAAUAAACUUCAGUUAGUGCUAAACACGGCUGCUAGAAUCUUGACUAAAACCAAAAAAUUGUAUCAUAUUACUCCUGUGCUAGCCACUGGCUUCCUGUUAAGGCUAUGGCUGAUUUCAAGGUUUUACUGCUAACCUACAAAGCAUUACAUGGAUUUGCUCCUACCUAUCUCUCCGAUUUGGUCCUGCCGUACAUACCUACACGUACCCUACGGUCACAAGACGCAGGCCUCCUUAUUGUCCCUAGAAUUUCUAAGUAAACAACUGGAGGCAGGGCUUUCUCCUAUAGAGCUCCAUUUUUAUGGAAUGGUCUGCCUAUCCAUGUGAGAGACGCAGACUCGGUCUCGACCUUUAAGUCUUUACUGAAGACUCAUCUCUUCAGUAGGUCCUAUGAUUGAGUGUAUUCUGGCCCAGGGGUGCGAAGGUGAACGGCAAGGCACUGGAGCGACAAACCACCCUUGCUGUCUCUACCUGGCCGGUUCCCGUCUCUCCAUUGGGAUUCUCUGCCUCUGACCCUAUUAUGGGGGCUGAGUCUAUCAAUCAAUCACAUUUUAUUUAUAAAGCCCUUUUUACAUUAGCAGAUGUCACAAAGUGCUAUACAGAAACCCGGCCUAAAACCCCAAACAGAUGUAGAAGCACGGUGACUAGGAAAAACUCCCUAGAAAGGCAGAAACCUAGGAAGAAACCUAGAGAGGAACCAGGCUCUGAGAUGUUUCCAGUCCCCUUCUGGCUGUGCUGGGUGGAGAAUAUAACAGUACAUGGCCAUUAAGGACUGAUUUUUCUCAAACGUUCAUAGAUGACCAGCAGUGUCAAAUAAUAAUCACAGUGGUUGUAGAGGUUGCAACAGGUCAGAACAUCAGGAGUAAAUGUCACUUGGCUUUUCAUAGCUGGGCAUUUAGAGGUUGAAAUAGCAGGUGCGGUAGAGCGAGAGAGUUGAAAACAGCAGGUCUGGGACAAGGUAGCACGUCCGGUGAACAGGUCAGGGUUCAAUAGCCGCAGGAAGAAGAGUGGAAACUGAAGCAGCAGCACGACCAGGUGGACUGGGGACAGCCAGGAGUCAUCAGGCCAGGUAGUCCUGAGGCAUGGUCCUAGGGCUCAGGUCCUCUGGGAUGGGAGGGAGAGAGGGAGAGAGAGAGAGAGAGAAUUAGAGGGGCCAUACUUAAAUUCACACAGGACACUGGUUAAGACAGGAGAAUAACACCAGAUAAAACAGACUGACCCUAGCCCCCCGGCACAUAGACUAUUGCAGCAUAGAUACUGGAGGCUGAGACAGGGGAGUCGGGAGACACUGUGGCGCAGUCCGAUGAAACCCCCUGACAGGGCCAACCAGGCAGGAUAUAACCCCACCCACUUUGCCAAAGCACAGCCCCCACACCACCAGAAGGAUAUCAACAGACCACCAACCUACUAUCCUGAGACAAGUCUGAGUACAGCCCACGAAGAUCUCCUCCACUGCACGAGCAUGAGGGAGCGACAAACCGGACAGGAAGAUCACGUCAGUGACUCAACCCACUCAAGUGAUGCACCCCACCUAGGGACGGCAUGGAAAGCACCAGUAAGCCAGUGACUCAGCCCCCGUAAUAGGGUCAUAGGCAGAGAAUCCCAAUGGAGAGACAGGAACCGACCAGGCAGAGACAGCUAGGCUGGUUUGUCGCUCCAGUGCCUUUCCGUUCACCUUCGCACCCCUGGGCCAGACUACACUCAAUCAUAGGACCUACUUGUAGCGGGUAAUUUGGAAGGAGUCAGGCGCAGGAGGGUAAAUCCCAGAAUAAAUGGUUUAUUCGGAAAAUACAGCGGUACGCAGCAAUGCAUAAAUCUCUACAGUAAAACGGUGCACUCGAGAAAACGAAGCACACGGGUGAAUAUCCCGGCGAUACAUAAAGCUCCACCGAGCUAUCGUCACCCCCACGUGUAAAACAAUCACACACAAGACAUGGGGGGAAGAGGGAAUACUUAUACAGGUACUGAUGAGGGGAUAUGAACCAGGUGUGUGUAAAAACAAGACAAAAUAAAUAGAAUGAUGAGAUUAGGAGCGGAAGUGGCUACAAGGCCGGUGACGACGAACGCCAAAGCCUGCCAGAACAAGCAGAGGAGGGAGCUUCAGAGGAAGUCGUGACAUUACCCCCCCCCCCCCUUGAAGCGCAGCUCCAGCAGCGCGCCGACACCGGCCUCGGGGACAGCCAGAAGGACGCGGAGCAGGGUGAGCCGGAAAGCGGCGGUGGAAAUCCCGCAACAGGGAGGGAUCGAGGACAUCCCUCACCGGGACCCAGCACCGUUCCUCCGGACCGUACCCCUCCCACUCCACGAGGUACUGAAGGCACCCCACCCGACGCCUCGAAUCCAGGAUGGAACGGACGGAGUACACCGGGGCCCCCUCGAUGUCCAAAGGGGGAAGCGGGACCUCCCGCACCUCAGACUCCUGGAGUUGUCCAGCCACAACCGGCCUGAGGAGAGACACGUGAAACGAGGGGUUAAUACGGUAAUCAGGAGGGAGUAGUAACCUAUACGUAACCUCGAUUACUCUCCUCAGGACUUUGAACGGCCCCACAAACCACGGGCUCAGCUUCCGGCAGGGCAGGCGGAGGGGCAGGUUCCGGGUCGAGAGCCAGACCCGAUCACCCGGUACAAAGACCGGGGCAUCACUGCGGUGGUGGUCAGUGUUGGCCUUCUGGCGAUGCGCGGCGCGUUGUAGGUGGACAUGGGCAGCAUUCAACGUCUCUUCCGCGCGCCGAAACCAGUCAUCCACCGCAGGAGCUUCGGUCUGGCUCUGAUGCCACGGUGCAAGGACCGGCUGAUAACCUAAAACACAUUGAAAUGGAGAUAGGUUAGUGGAGGAAUGGCGGAGAGAGUUCUGGGCAUAUUUGGCCCAUGGCAAGAACACCGACCAUCGGUCCUGGCAGUAGGACAGCAGGAACCUACCCACAUCCUGAUUCACCCGUUCCACCUGCCCAUUAGAUUCGGGGUGAAACCCAGAGGUCAGGCUGACCGAGACCCCCAGACGUUCCAUGAACGCAUUCCAGAUCCUGGACGUAAACUGGGGACCCCGGUCAGACACUAUGUCCUCUGGCACCCCUUAGUGCCGGAAGACGUGAGUAAACAGGGCUUCCACAAUUUGCAGGGCCGUGGGGAGACCGGGCAGAGGAAGGAGGCGACAGGCUUUAGAAAAGCGGUCCACAACGACCAGGAUGGUGGUGUUACCCUGAGAGAGGGGAAGAUCAGUUAGGAAAGUCAAUACACAGGUGGGACCAUGACCAUUGUGGAACUGGUAAGGGAUGUAACUUACCCGCUGGAAAGUGCCUAGGUGCCUUAGUCUGGGCGCAGGAGGAGACAUACACCUUCAUGUCCUUAGCCAAGGUAGGCCACCAGUCCUUCUGGUCAGGCAGCGCACUAUACAGCCCAGCUGGUCACUGAGGUGGAGAUGGCUCUGUGCGUAACGCACAGAGCAUGAAAUAAAACUGGGUUAAGAACAAGGCCCACCUGGCUGCCUGGAUGUACUCCAGGUUACGGUGGUCAGUCCAAACGAGGAAAGGGUGUUUCGCCCCCUCGAGCCAGUGCCUCCACAUGGUCAGGGCUCGGACAACAGCCAACAGCUCCCGAUCACCAACGUCAUAGUUCUGCACCGCCGGGCUGAGAUUCUUAGAGAAGAAGGCACAGGGGCGGAGCUUGGGUGGCGUGUCCAAGCGUUGGGACAGGACAGCGCCUACCCCUACCUCGGACGCGUCCACCUCCACUAUGAACGGCAAUGAUGGAUCGGGACGGGCCAGUACCGGAGCUGAGGUGAACAGAGCCUUCAGGUUACUGAAAGCCCUGCCAACCUCAGCAGACCACAGCAGACCAGCGGAGCUGGGACGGCCUACCCUUCAACAGAGAUGUGAUGGGAGCUGCGACCUUGCCAAAGCCCCGGAUAAACCUACGAUAGUAAUUGGCAAAGCCAAUGAAGCACUGCACCUCCUUCACCGUGGUUGGAGUCGGUCAAUUACGCACGGCUGAAAUGCGGUCUCCUUCCAUCUCCACACCUGAGGUGGUGAUGUGGUAUCUGAAGAAGGAGACAGACUGUUGGAAGAACAGACACUUUUCUGCCUUGGCAUAUAGGUCAUGCUCCAACAGUCAGCCCAGCACUCUGCGAACCAGGGACAGAUGCUCGGCGCACGUAGCGGAAUACACCAGAAUGUCAUCGAUGUAGACCACCACACCGCGACCAACCAUGUCCCGAAACACCUCGUUCACUAAUGACUGGAAGACUGAUGGAGCAUUCAUCAACCCGUACGGCAUCAGCAGGUAAUCAUAAUGCCCUGUGGUUGUGCUAAAGGCUGUCUUCCACUCGUCCCCUUCCCAGAAAUGCGGUUGUACGCACUCCUGAGAUCUAAUUUCGUGAAGAAGCGCGCCCCAUGCAUUGAUUAGAUAACAGAGGAGAUAAGGGGGUAACUAUAGAGGGUAACUAUAGCGAAUGGUAGUUUGAUUAAGUGCCCGGUAAUCAAUGCAAGGGCGCAGACCUCCAUCUUUCUUUUUCACGAAAAAUAAACUUGAGGAGGCGGGCGAAGUGGAGGGAUGUAUGAACCCCUGGCGCAUGGACUCUGAGACGUAUGUCUCCAUCGCCUCCGUUUCAGCUUGCGACAGGGGAUAGACAUGACUCCUGGGAGGCACAGCGUCUAACCGGAGGUUUAUUUGGUCGCCUGCAUUUUGGAAAACGUGUGCGCCAAGUUGAGGGAAUGCGCACGGUGGAGGUAGUGUCCGUGGUUGCACCAACGGAAACAGCUAGACAGCUACCCUGAGACUCUCGCGACCACCCCAUGAGAUCCCUCUGUGGCCAUGACAAGGUGGGAUCGUGUAGUGCUAGCCAGGGAAGGACCAACACAACAGGGAAAUGAGGGGACUCAAUAAUAUAAAAGGUGAUUUGCUCCCUGUGGGUCUCUUGCGUAAUCAUCGUGACUGGUGCUGUAACCUCCCUAACAAAACCUGAACCUAAUGGUCUACUGUCAAGUGCUUUGAUGAGCAAUGGAAUGUGUAGGGGAACCAAUGUAAUCCAUAGACUAUUAGCUAAUGACCUGUCCAUAAAGUUCCCAGCUGUGCCUGACCAGCGCCUUACACUGGGGAACUACCGUGUGAUCAGGGAAGUGGACGUGAUGGUGAAGUGCGCAGCAGAGGGCUCUGAACGAGUGAGGUGACGCGAGAGUGCCCUGCCUGCCGCCUCCAGAUCCAGAAGAACUCUGACGACAGUGUGAAGCAGAAUGUCCUCUCUUGACACUGGAUCUGUCGUCCUCCGUUCUCCCGGAUCGCUGCACCACCCAGCUCCAUCGGAAUGUGAUCCGGGUUGAAGGGAGGUGAAACGGGCAGGCCCCCUCCAGGACGUCCUCUGGAAGCCAGCAGGUUGUCCAUCCGGAUGGCCAUGUCCACCAGUUGGUUGAAGGUCAACGUGGUGUCCCGGCAGGCUAACUCCCUUUGGACGUCCUCUCGCAGGCUGCAUCGGAAGUGUUCGAUGAGGGCCCGCUCGUUCCACCCGGACCCAGCCGCUAGAGUUCUAAACUCCAGGGCAAAGUCCUGCGCGGUCCUCGUCCCCUGCCUCAGAUGGACCAGCCGCAUAGUUGUCCAAUGCGUCUCCUCCUUCACUCCAGACCACAUGCCCGAGAGGCAUAGACUAGGGCGGACACCUUCUCCCAAUCCGAUGGAGCCGGGCUGAUGGUGGGAAAAUAGAGGUCCAACUGCAGGAGGAAACCCUGGCAGCGGGCCGCUGUCCCGUCGUAUUCCCUAGGUCGAGACAGGUGAAUACCUCUGGGUGCUGGGGUGUGGAUGGCUGGAUCCAGUCGCUCAGCUGGUUCCGCAAGGUCGGGUCCUCUCCUCUCCAGGCACUGGACGACCUGGAAAACCCGGUCCAUCGCAUGUUGGAAUGCCUGCUCAACGACUCCAGGCAUAUUCCUGUUUCCUGCUGACUCCAUGCUGUUGGGUGUGUGAUUCUGUAGCGGGUGAUUUGGAUGGAGUCAGGCGCAGGAGGCUUUAUCCCAUGGCAAAAAUCUAUAGCUAGAAUUGCAGGAAAAAAAACAGAGGGGGGUCUCUAAAAUGUUUUGCACGCAGGGUGGGGGGGCAAAAGGCUAGAGCCGGUCCUGUGCUGUGUUGUAAACCAGAGGAUGUUGUGAUGUCAUAAGACCAGCAACAUGUUUUCAAUUAGGAGGCGGAGUUAAAACAACGUUUUCAGUCAAAUGUCUCAUCAGGUACUUAUAAACCAAGACAUUUGGCCACGUCAUUUUCUCAUUAAUUUAAGAAAUAAUGCAGAAUGAUUUGCAGAAGAUGGUGAAAUAUGACACACUAAGUAUGGAUGUUAUAGUGACGUUAAAUCACAGUGAAUGAUUGAAUGGGCUACUGAAGAUAACAGAAGGAUAUGAUUCCCUAAAAGCUGAGGAGGCCUUGGAUAAGCUGGUUCCCACUGGAUCCAGACACUAUCUCACUUCUCAGAGUAGACCCCAUGAGACAGGAAGAGACAUAUUGAAUAAGACCCCAGGAGACAGGAAGAGACAUAUUGAAUAAGACCCCAGGAGACAGGAAGAGACAUAUUGAAUAAGAUCACCUGGAGACAGGAUGAGACAUAUUGAAUAAGACCCCAGGAGACAGGAAGAGACAUAUUGAAUAAGAUCACCUGGAGACAGGAUGAGACAUAUUGAAUAAGACCCCAGGAGACAGGAAGAGACAUACUGAAUAAGAUCACCUGGUUUAUUAUGGAUCCCCAUUAGUUCCUGUCAAGGCAGCAGCUACUCUUCCUGGGGUUUAUUAUGGAUCCCCAUUAGUUCCUGCCAAGGCAGCAGCUACUCUUCCUGGGGUUUAUUAUGGAUCCCCAUUAGUUCCUGCCAAGGCAGCAGCUACUCUUCCUGAGGUUUAUUAUGGAUCCCCAUUAGUUCCUGCCAAGGCAGCAGCUACACUUCCUGGGGUUUAUUAUGGAUCCCCAUUAGUUCCUGCCAAGGCAGCAGCUACUCUUCCUGAGGUUUAUUAUGGAUCCCCAUUAGUUCCUGCCAAGGCAGCAGCUACUCUUCCUGGGGUUUAUUAUGGAUCCCCAUUAGUUCCUGCCAAGGCAGCAGCUACUCUUCCUGAGGUUUAUUAUGGAUCCCCGUUAGUUCCUGCCAAGGCAGCAGCUACUCUUCCUGGGGUUUAUUAUGGAUCCCCAUUAGUUCCUGCCAAGGCAGCAGCUAGUUCCUGACAACAUUAAGCCACUUAUAUGCCAGUAUACUUCACUUGAGUCCAGAGCAAAAUCAUACAGCCUUUUUGUAGCGGAGGUUGCCGAUCAGAUGGAGAGCAUGUUCUGUCUGCACCGUGCCAUCACUUUGGAGGGCAGCCUGCCUGUAGAGUGCACCGUGCCAUCACUUUGGAGGGCAGCCUGCCUGUAGAGGGGAGGGCAGCCUGCCUGUAGAGUGGGAGGGCAGCCUGCCUGUAGAGUGGAGGGCAGCCUGCCUGUAGAGGGGAGGGCAGCCUGCCUGUAGAGGGGAGGGCAGCCUGCCUGUAGAGUGGGAGGGCAGCCUGCCUGUAGAGGGGAGGGCAGCCUGCCUGUAGAGUGGGAGGGCAGCCUGCCUGUAGAGGGGAGGGCAGCCUGCCUGUAGAGGGGAGGGCAGCCUGCCUGUAGAGUGGGAGGGCAGCCUGCCUGUAGAGUGGGAGGGCAGCCUGCCUGUAGAGUGGGAGGGCAGCCUGCCUGUAGAGUGGGAGGGCAGCCUGCCUGUAGAGGGGAGGGCAGCCUGCCUGUAGAGGGGAGGGCAGCCUGCCUGUAGAGUGGGAGGGCAGCCUGCCUGUAGAGGGGAGGGCAGCCUGCCUGUAGAGGGGAGGGCAGCCUGCCUGUAGAGGGGGAGGGCAGCCUGCCUGUAGAGUGGGAGGGCAGCCUGCCUGUAGAGUGGGAGGGCAGCCUGCCUGUAGAGUGGGAGGGCAGCCUGCCUGUAGAGGGGAGGGCAGCCUGCCUGUAGAGGGGAGGGCAGCCUGCCUGUAGAGGGGGAGGGCAGCCUGCCUGUAGAGGGCACCGCGCGAUGCUGCAGCUGCUUAUCUUUAGCCAGUAGCAACCCAAACUAGGACUAUCUGAAAUAAGGAAAUGGUCAAUCAAUUCGCCAGGUGGUCCAUUGUUCUGGUAAACAUGAAUCAGCAGCAGAUUACUAAACUGUAUAAUGGAUAACUUUUAUAUGGAUAAUAUAAAUGUAAGGCUAAUCUGUUUUUUUUGCAAAACUGGAGUAGAUGAAACCAGUUGUUUCUGGUCAGUAAUCUGGAUACGUGCGCAUGCCUUUGCUCAUCAAUGCUGAUGACUGGUCAUUGGUCAACAAUCAAGAUGCACAACGUUUUGGUUCUGAAGCGUGGCAGGGGGUUCAGAACAACAACGACAAAACAUUUACAUUCAAAAAAAUGUACAACACCACUGAAAGGGCACUUAGGAGACUGGAUGAAAGGGCAUGUGCUCUGUCAGGCGAAGCCCUGUCUGUGUAGCUGGCUGGCUAGGCUACUUUGUUACCUUGGUUUUUAAUGCAUUUUUCAGGGUACAAUCUAUCACCAUAUUUAUUAGUAACCACCAAAAACUCUUCAGGGAAUGUAGCAUAAUGGAGUUUUAAAUAUUUAGGUAUGGGGUUCUAAAAUGGAUUUAGAAAUAUGUUGCAAAUUACUGAAGUACUACUUUGUUUACAUGUCAGAUUGAGAUGCACUGAAAUAAGUAGUUUUCCUGCUGUUUUUUUAAUUAUAUGAGAAAAAAAGAUUCAAUUUUAUUUGGAACAGCAAGCCAGACAAAAUUAAAAGGGCAUAUUUAUAUAAUGAAUAUGAAUUCGGAGGACAGAAAUUAUUAAAUAUUAAAGCAUUAGAACUCUCACUAAAAGCUUCAGUCAUACAAAAGUUAUACUUAAAUCCGAACUGGUUCUCAAGCAAAUUAGUAAGAUUGUCUCACCCAAUGUUCAAGAAAAGGCCUUUUUCCCUUUAUUCAGAUUACAACAAACUCAUUUGCAGUUAUUUGAAAAGGAAAUCAUCUCCCAAAUAUCACUAUUUCUAAAACAAGCCAUAGAAAGUUAGUUGCAAUUUCAAUUUAAUCCUCCAGAAACGACAGAACAAAUAAUGCAACAAAUAUUGUGGUUAAAUUCAAAUAUACUAAUUGACAAAAAACCUUUAUUGUUUGACAGAAUGUUUAAAAAAGGUAUAAUCUUCGUAAAUGAUAUCAUCGGUAGGACUGGUGGAGUUAUGUCGCACAUGCAGCUAACAAAAACAUAUGGAAAUGUCUGCUCUACCCAAAAUUACAACCAAAUAAUUGCAGCCUUACCGCAAAAAUGGAAGAGGAAAGUGGAAGGGGGAGAAAGUAAGGAACUUGUCUGUCGGCCUUGCAUUAAAGAACAUAAUUGGUUAAGAAAAACUGUGAUAAAUAAAAAAGUAUAUCAGUUUCACUUAAGGACCAAAGGAUUGACAGCCGUCCCAUAUAGAUUGCAAAAUAGUUGCGAAGAGAUUUUUGACGUACCGAUCCCAUGGCAUAGUGUUUAUGAACUGACACGCAAAACGACACCGGAUUCAAAACUUAGAAUCUUUCAAUUUAAAUUAUUAUAUAAAAUUCUUGCUACCAGUAGAAUGUUAUUUAUAUGGGGGAUACAAUCUUCCCAGCUCUGCAGAUUUUGCUGUGAAGAGACAGAAUCAUUAGAUCAUUUGUUUUGGUACUGUCCAUUUGUAGCUUGUUUUUGGACACAGGUCCAGGAAUGGCAAAAGGAUUGCAAUAUUUACCUGGAGCUAACGCUGCAGAUAGCACUACUGGGUGAUCUGAAAAGUAAUAAUCAAUCGAUCAAUAAUAUAAUAAUACUUUUAGCAAAAAUGUUUAUUUUUAAUUCACAAUCUGUAGAAACAAUGAGAAUAGAAAGUUUCAGAACUGUUGUAAAACAUCACAGUACAGUUUAAAUAUAUAUGGCAAAUAGAAAUCCUAUAUAGAUGGUGUUAAGAGAUAGAUGGGAGGUGUUGAAUGGAGUUGAAGGAUGGGACUAAUAACAACUAACAACAUCUAAUAACAAAGAUAGCUAAUAAUGUAAGCAUACUGUGUCCAUAAUAAGUAUAUAGUUGGUAUGUUGGGAGCUUUGGGAAAGAGCACAGUUAGAAAGAUAUGGCAUAUAGAAGCAAACCGGAUGGACAUCAUGAAAAUGAUCGGAGAGGUUGAGAGAAGAAGAAGUUCAGGAGCAAAAAAAAAAAUAUAUAUAUAUAUAUAUAAUAGAAUUAUUGUAAAAUUAACUGUGUCCAUAAGGUGUAGAUAGUAAGUAUAGACCGGAAGUAGAGGCCUGGGCAUUGUUGUUCACUAAUUUACUCCAAGUAGGGAAAGGAUGGUGGGGUUGAAAAGUAAUAAAGGGGAGUAUACAGUGGGGGAAAAAAGUAUUUAGUCAGAAACCAAUUGUGCAAGUUCUCCCACUUAAAAAGAUGAGAGAGGCCUGUAAUUUUCAUCAUAGGUACACGUCAACUAUGACAGACAAAUUGAGAAAAAAAAUCCAGAAAAUCACAUUGUAGGAUUUUUAAUGAAUUUAUUUGCAAAUUAUGGUGGAAAAUAAGUAUUUGGUCACCUACAAACAAGCAAGAUUUCUGGCUCUCACAGACCUGUAACUUCUUCUUUAAGAGGCUCCUCUGUCCUCCACUCGUUACCUGUAUUAAUGCCACUUGUUUGAACUUGUUAUCAGUAUAAAAGACACCUGUCCACAACCUCAAACAGUCACACUCCAAACUCCACUAUGGCCAAGACCAAAGAGCUGUCAAAGGACACCAGAAACAAAAUUGUAGACCUGCACCAGGCUGGGAAGACUGAAUCUGCAAUAGGUAAGCAGCUUGGUUUGAAGAAAUCAACUGUGGGAGCAAUUAUUAGGAAAUGGAAGACAUACAAGACCACUGAUAAUCUCCCUCGAUCUGGGGCUCCACGCAAGAUCUCACCCCGUGGGGUCAAAUUGAUCACAAGAACGGUGAGCAAAAAUCCCAGAACCACACGGGGGGACCUAGUGAAUGACCUGCAGAGAGCUGGGACCAAAGUAACAAAGCCUACCAUCAGUAACACACCACGCCGCCAGGGACUCAAAUCCUGCAGUGCAAGACGUGUCCCCCUGCUUAAGCCAGUACAUGUCCAGGCCCGUCUGAAGUUUGCUAGAGUGCAUUUGGAUGAUCCAGAAGAGGAUUGGGAGAAUGUCAUAUGGUCAGAUGAAACCAAAAUAUAACUUUUUGGUAAAAACUCAACUCGUCGUGUUUGGAGGACAAAGAAUGCUGAGUUGCAUCCAAAGAACACCAUACCUACUGUGAAGCAUGGGGGUGGAAACAUCAUGCUUUGGGGCUGUUUUUCUGCAAAGGGACCAGGACGACUGAUCCGUGUAAAGGAAAGAAUGAAUGGGGCCAUGUAUCGUGAGAUUUUGAGUGAAAACCUCCUUCCAUCAGCAAGGGCAUUGAAGAUGAAACGUGGCUGGGUCUUUCAGCAUGACAAUGAUCCCAAACACACCGCCCGGGCAACGAAGGAGUGGCUUCGUAAGAAGCAUUUCAAGGUCCUGGAGUGGCCUAGUCAGUCUCCAGAUCUCAACCCCAUAGAAAAUCUUUGGAGGGAGUUGAAAGUCCGUGUUGCCCAGCGACAGCCCCAAAACAUCACUGCUCUAGAGGAGAUCUGCAUGGAGGAAUGGGCCAAAAUACCAGCAACAGUGUGUGAAAACCUUGUGAAGACUUACAGAAAACGUUUGACCUGUGUCAUUGCCAACAAAGGGUAUAUAACAAAGUAUUGACAAAACUUUUGUUAUUGACCAAAUACUUAUUUUCCACCAUAAUUUGCAAAUAAAUUCAUUACAAAUCCUAUAAUAUGAUUUUCUGGAUUUAUUUUUCUCAUUUUGUCUUUCAUAGUUGACGUGUACCUAUGAUGAAAAUUACAGGCCUCUCUCAUCUUUUUAAGUGGGAGAACUUGCACAAUUGGUGGCUGACUAAAUACUUUUUUGCCCCACUGUAUAUAUAAAAAACAUCGGGGAUUGGAAGUGAUGCAGACAAUUACAUUGAUGGAAGAUACAAUCUAUAUGCAAUAUUAAGCUGAUCCACCCCCCACACAAAAAACAACAACAACAAAAAAUAUAUUAAUUUAUUACUGUGUGUGUGUGUGUGUGUGUGUGUGUGUGUGUGUGUGUGUGUGUGUGUGUGUGUUGUGUGUCUGUCUGUCUGUCUGUCUGUCUGUCUGUCUGUCUGUCUGUCUGUCUGUCUGUCUGUCUGUCUGUCUGUCUGUCUGUCUGUCUGUGUCUGUCUGUCUGUCUGUCUGUCUGUCUGCUGUCUGUCUCUCCUCUCUCUCUCUCUCUCUCUCCUCUCUCUCUCUCCUCUCUCUCUCUCUCUCCUCUCUCUCUCUCUCUCUCUCCUUCCUCUCUCUCUCUCGCUCUCCUCUAUCCUCUCUCUCUCUCUCUCUCUCUCUCCUCUCUGUCUCUCUCUCUCUCUGUGUUUGAGCAGUACAGUGAGUGAUGGCUAGAGGGUGCUGUGUGGUCACAGAGAGCCGGUGUGGCACUAAUGUUUUCCUGCCCCUCUCUCUCUCUCUCUCUCGCUCUCGCUCUCGCUCUCGCUCUCUCGCUCUCGCUGGCUGGGUUGGUCACAUGGGGAGAAGAGCUGUUUAAAAUGCUUUAGUAUUCUCAGCCAGUGCAGAGCCAGAGACUGAGAGAGACACACACGUCUACCUACCUACCAACCUACAGCACUGCAACUUUCUAUACUGGAGAGACACACACAUCGUCACGGCUACAGAGGACAGGAGGACAGGAGGACAGGACAGUGGGAAGCCAGAGAGACCAAAUAUUUUAAGUGAGUUGCUAUAAUUCUGGUGCUGGAUCUGUCUGUGUGUUGGAGCUGGAUCUGUCUGUGUGUUGGAGCCGGAUCUGUCUGUGUGUUGGAGCUGGAUCUGUCUGUGUGUUGGAGCCGGAUCUGUCUGUGUGUUGGAGCUGGAUCUGUCUGUGUGUUGGAGCCGGAUCUGUCUGUGUGUUGGAGCUGGAUCUGUCUGUGUGUUGGAGCCGGAUCUAUCUGUGUGUUGGAGCUGGAUCUGUCUGUGUGUUGGAGCCGGAUCUGUCUGUGUGUUGGAGCUGGAUCUGUCUGUGUGUUGGAGCUGGAUCUGUCUGUGUGUUCGAGCCAGACUAAUAUAGGACAGUUGACAGAGGGAUGCAACAUAUGCACAUCUGUCUUGAUAAUCAGAUGAUUUGUAAUAAUAGUAGCGUUCAGGAUGGAUGGAAGGAUCUAGUGCUUCUUUAUAGUGGCUUCAUCCGGGUCUUUCUGCAUCUUUGGUCUAAUUAAUUCCAACACAUGCUGAUCCUCAGUGAUCUAUUGAAUAUAUUCAGAUGGAAACGGUUGCUGAUAGAGACCUGAGAAGGAAACAGUUGCGUUGCUGAUAGAGACCUGAGAAGGAAACAGUUGCGUUGCUGAUAGAGACCUGAGAAGGAAACGGUUGUGUUGCUGAUAGAGACCUGAGAAGGAAACAGUUGUGUUGCUGAUAGAGACCUGAGAAGGAAACGGUUGUGUUGCUGAUAGAGACCUGAGAAGGAAACGGUUGUGUUGCUGAUAGAGACUUGCUAUUAAUGAAAUGCACUCAGCAAACGGCAGCUGAGUUAUCACCAAAAGCAGUUCUGUUUCUCUCGCUCUCUCUCGCUCUCGCUCUCUUUCUCGCUCUCGCAAUCUCGCUCUGUCUCCGUCCACACUUACAAAGUGGAUGCUUUGCAAAGGGAGAGAGAGAGAGAGAGAGAGGAGGGAGCCGGGGCGAGAACGCUAGGAGAGUGAGAGAGAAGAAAGCCAGGAAUUAGGGAGAGAGUGGAGGGCAUUGAAAGCAGUGACACUGGCCAGACAAUUAGCUGAGGAUUCCAUUGUGUGGCCCUUUCUCUCCCCGUGGCCUCAUGGCAAAGGUCAGGGGACAGGCUGACCCGUGUCAACUCUCCAGCAUGGAACCCAUUAUCCUCCUCUGAUUGAUUAGUUUUAGUGGAGAUCCCUUCUAUCUCCUCCUCCCUUCUGCCGUUUUUGUUCCUUUUCUGUUGUAUCUCUGCUGUUGCUUUCUGUUAUUUUAAGGAUCUCCCCCGUUUAGGGGCACAUUUCCGGGAUUUCUGGGCUGGGAGAUGGUCAUUAGGUUGCUGUUAAGGUGCAUUUCUGGUUGUGUGAGAGGGGAGAGGACCAAGACUCCCUACCCAGCCCCUUACCCGCCUCAGCCCCAUUCAGCCCCAGCACCAUACCCGCCCCAGCCCCAUACCCGCCUCAGCCCCAUUCAGCCCCAGCCCCAUACCCGCCUCAGCCCCAUUCAGCCCCAGCCCCAUACCCGCCUCAGCCCCAUUCAGCCCCAGCCCCAUACCCGCCUCAGCCCCAUUCAGCCCCAGCACCAUACCCGCCCCAGCCCCAUACCCGCCUCAGCCCCAUUCAGCCCCAGCCCCAUACCUGCCUCAGCCCCAUUCAGCCCCAGCCCCAUACCCCAAUCCCUGCCUCAGCCCCAUUCAGCCCCAGCCCCAUACCCCAAUCCCUGCCUCAGCCCCAUUCAGCCCCAGCCCCAUACCCCAAUCCCUGCCUCAGCCCCAGCCCCCCCAAUCCCUGCCUCAGUCCCAUUCAGCCUCUAGCCCCAUACCCUUUACACUAGCUUCAGCCCCAUUCAGCCCCAUACCCUAGCUUCACUCCCAUUCAGUCCCAUACUCCAUGCACUAGCUUCAGAACCAUUCAGCUCCAGCCCCAUACACUAGCUUCAGACCCAUUCAGUCCCAUUCAGCCCCAGCCCCCAAUCCAUUCAGCCUCAUUCAGGCCCAUAUCCCUAAAACUAGCUUCAUCCCAAAUUAAUCCCCAUUCAGCCCCAGCCCCAUACCCCAAUCCCUGCCUCAGGCCCAUUCAGACCCAUUCAGCCCCAGCCCCAUACCCCAAUCCCUGCCUCAGGCCCAUUCAGCCCCAGCCCCAUACCCCAAUCCCUGCCUCAGACCCAUUCAGACCCAUUCAGCCCCAUACCCCAUACACUAGCUUCAGUCCCAUUCAGCCCCAUACCCCAUACACUAGCUUCAGCCCCAUUCAGCCCCAUACCCCAUACACUAGCUUCAGACCCAUUCAGCCCCAUACCCCAUACACUAGCUUCAGCCCCAUUCAGCCCCAUACCCCAUACACUAGCUUCAGCCCCAUUCAGCCCCAUACCCCAUACACUAGCUUCAGACCCAUUCAGCCCCAUACCCCAUACACUAGCUUCAGACCCAUUCAGCCCCAUACCCCAUACACUAGCUUCAUUCCCAUUCAGCCCCAUACCCCAUACACUAGCUUCAGCCCAUCCGCUUGUUCGAUAACCCCAGCCCCAGGCUGCCCAGCCCCAGCCUCCCUGUCUGGGCGCCCCAGCCCUCCAGCACUCCUCACACUGUUUUAAGUGUUUAACCCCGGUCCAGGCACAUCAAAGGAGGGGCAGCUUUGGCUGGAAGACUGGGUCUUAGAUGUCCCUAUCUGUCUUAAUGAUUUCUAGUUUCAUUUACAUUUUAGUCAUUUAGCAGACGCCUUAUCCAGAGCGAUUACAGUUUAGUGAGUGCAUACAUUUUUUCAUACUUGGCCCCCGUGAGAAACGACCCACAACCCUGCGUUGCAAGCACCAUGCGUCUAAUACCAAUGAGCUACAAGGGACCACAUGCCUUGAAGGAGCACGGCCCCCCAUCUUGGAUUCUUGGACCCCUCUCCUCCUCUCCCCUCUCCUUAUCUACCUCCUCUCCUCCUCCCCUCAUCCUCCUCUUCCUCAUCCUCCUCCUCCUUAUCUACCUCCUCCUCCUCAUCCCCCUCCUCCUCCUUAUCUACCUCCUCCUCCUCCUCCUCCUCCUCCUCCUCCUCUUCCUCUUCCUCUUCCUCCUCCUCCUCCUCCUUAUCUACCUCCUCCUCCUCCACUUCCUCCUCCUCUUCCUCCUUAUCUACCUCCUCCUCCUCCUCCUCCUCCUUAUCAACCUCCUCCUCCUCCUCCUCCUUAUCCACCUCCUCUUCCUCCUCCUUAUCUACCUCCUCCUCCUUAUCUACCUCCUCCUCCUCUUCCUCCUCCUACUCCUCCUUAUCUACCUCCUCCUCCUCUUCCUCCUCAUCUACCUCCUCCUCCUUAUCUACCUCCUCCUCCUCUUCCUCCUCCUCCUCCUCCUUAUCUACUUCCUCCUCCUCCUCCUCCUCCUCCUUAUCCACCUCCUCUUCCUCCUCCUUAUCUACCUCCUCCUCCUUAUCUACCUCCUCCUCCUCUUUCUCCUCCUCCUCCUCCUGGAAGGAUCUAGUGCUUCUUUAUAGUGGCUUCAUCCGGGUCUUUCUGCAUCUUUGGUCUAAUUAAUUCCAACACAUGCUGAUCCUCAGUGAUCUAUUGAAUAUAUUCAGAUGGAAACGGUUGCUGAUAGAGACCUGAGAAGGAAACGGUUGCGUUGCUGAUAGAGACCUGAGAAGGAAACGGUUGUGCCCCUACCCUCCUAGCAGUUCCCCAGCCUCUACCUCCUCCUCCUCAUCCUCCUCCUCAUCUACCUCCUCCUCCUCAUCUACCUUGUCCUCCUCCUCCUCCUCUUCCUCCAGCCAGCCCGCCUGCCCUUACAGCUGGUUUAG